CCUUAAUGCUGCACAGAGUAAGGCGAUCGGAGAGGAGCAUGCCGGUAGUAGUAGUACUGGUAGAAUCACACGGCCCUGAAGGAGAAGGGGCUGGAACUACGCGUCCCGUGACGCAGUGCGGUGUGGGCGGGCAGGUGUGCGGGGGCGUGUCCGCGGCUGCCGGCAGCGUGCUAGUGUUUGUGUGCAUCAGGAGCUUGGUGUUGUAUAGAGAGUCCCGGUCAGCUGCUCAGUCCGACGCAUCAUGUCCGUGCAGGUGGCGACCGUGAAGCUGGCAGACAUGGAGCUGAAGGAGGCGGUUAGGGAGAGGCCGGCCGAGGCUUCCCCUGUACUGGCCGCCACCGUGUCACCCGCGGAACCCGACAACUGCCCCGGUAUCCCGGCUCCCAGCCAGCCCGUCAAGGGCGCCCCGGCCUCGGCCAUGAAAAGAAGCGACCCGGCGCAGCGCCCGCGGGAAGGCGGAGAGGGAGCGGGCAGCCCGGAGGGAGCAGUCAGCGAGGCCCCGCGCACCGUUAAAAAGGUAAUGUUACCCAUUACACCCCCACACCGCAUCCCAGCACUAACCACCGCUACCCCGGGACACCACACAGUGCGGGACUGACACCUGGGAAUAAUGGGGGGCUGAUCCCGGCUGAUGGCAGGGCUGGGGGGAUGGCAGGCUGGUCUGAUUCGGGUGAGGUCUGAUUUCGGGUGAUGGCAGGGCUGGGGGGUCUGACGGGUCAUGGCAGGGCUGGGGGGGCCUGAUUUCGGGUGAUGGCAGGGUUGGGGGCCUGAUUUCGGGCCGCAGGGCUGGGGGGGAUUUCUGAUUUCGGGUGAUGGCAGGGUUGGGGGUCUGAUUUCGGGUGAUGGCAGGCUGGGGCUCUGAUUUCGGUGAUACAGGCAUGGCUGGGUCUGAUUUCGGGUGAGGCUGGGGGCAGGUGAUGGCUGGGGGGUCUGGGGUCUGGUGAUGGCAGGGCUGGGGGUCUGAUUUCGGGUGAUGCUGGGGGUCUGAUUUCGGGUGAUGGCAGGCUGGGGGGUCUGAUUCGCGAUGGCAGGGCUGGGGGUCUGAUUUCGGGUGAUGGCAGGGCUGGGGGUCUGAUUUCGGGUGAUGGCAGGGCUGGGGGUCUGAUUUCGGGUGAUGGCAGGGCUGGGGGUCUGAUUUCUGAUGAUUCGGGUGAUGGCAGGCUGGGGGGGUCUGAUUUCGGGUGAUGGCAGGGGGGUCUGAUUUCGGGUGAUGGCAGGCGGGUGAUUUCGGUGGGCAGGCUGGGGUCUGAUUUCGGGUGAUUGGGGGUCUGAUUUCGGGUGAUGGCAGUCUGGUGAUGGGGGUCUGAUUUCGGGUGAUGGCAGGGCUGGGGGUCUGAUUUUAGAGCUUGGGGGGAGUGAUGGCAGGCUCUGGCAGGUUGGGGGGGUCUGAUUUCGGGUGAUGGCAGGGUUGGGGGCUGAUUUCGGGUGAUUUGGGGGGUCUGAUUUCGCGAUGGCAGGGUUGGGGGGUCUGAUUUCGGGUGAUGGCAGGGUUGGGGUUUACUCGGGGGGCAGAGCAGAUGUCUCUAUGACUGCUGAUACCCUCCUAUCAGCCCCCAUUGCAGUAGCUCUGCUCCCCCGGUGCAUGUGACGUCACGCAGGGUUUAGAUGCUGUAUAUCGGGCUGUGAAUGUGACCCCUGCAUGCUAUCCCCCCGCCGUGUCACCCCGAGCCCUCUCUCCCUGUCUCCCAAUGAUAACUGCCUGCUUCCAUUCAUUGCGCAGACUGUAUAAUUGUAUCCACUAUUCUGCAGGUCAGCCCUUUGCCGUGUCCUAUGCAGAGAGCUCCCAGCGGGCACACGGUGUGAUGCUUGUGUCCUCACCAUUUGUCUCUAUUCGGGUGUUUGGGGCACUCUUUUUCCUCCAUCUUUCUCCCGCGUUAGUACACGGUUGUGUUGCUAGGAAGUGACUUGAACAGGUGAGCGGCGCAGUGCUUAUGGAGAGAUCCAUCCACCGUUUGGAGCUCUGCAUCCCAUUGGCUGGCGCAGCGCUUUUACCUGAUUGGUUCCUCCGACCUGCUGAGGCUGUAUGACCAGCUGCAUGAUCUGCUGGAUGUACAGUGUGUGCUGCAAUCAUGGAGCAUGGCGACCUUGAUGUGGCUCACUGUCACACAUGCACACUGGCCUUUCUCAGCCACUGGCUCUCAUUAUAGCCUAUGAUUAAACUAUAUAUGGGAACUCUGAAUCCUCUUACUAAAUUAAUCAUUAACUAAGACUUAUUGUCACUAAGUCCACAUAUCAGUGUCUGGUCCUCUUACUAACACAGUCACAUCCAUGCACAAUGUCUGUGUUAAUCCAAUGCUGCAGGUGCAUUGAACUCUUGCUCUUUAAAGAGUCACAGAAAUUAAGUGAAUAUAUAUAUAUAUAUAUAUGAUCUAUUGUGGUGGAUUAGCUGUCCAUGAUGUUUGUGCUCGCUGGUUGCUCUGUAGGAUAGGUGUGCAGGAUAUGUAGUAGUAUACUUUUAUUUGUAUUUAUUGAUAGUAAUUAUCUAGGCGUGAGCAAAACAGUUUUCCCACCAGAGAUUUCUAAGUUUAUUUUCUGAAAAGAGUUUUACCAGUGGAAACUUUUCCAGUGUUUGCAUGCUAAUACAUUGAAUCAUGGAAAUAUGCACAUAGCUGCUUUUGUGAUCCCUAUAUUUUACUAGGUUUAGCGUUCAAAACGACUGCUCACAGUUAAAGAUAUGUCUCCUUCAUCUGAUGAGGGUGGGAAGACAGCUGACCUGCUUUAGCCUACAUUGUCGCCAGUGUUUGUGUAAUAUUAGUGCAUUGAUGACUUUCUGGUUGUCAACUCUGAUUUUUCACCAGUGAUGUCUGUAUUUUGUUUAGCCCUAGAGACAGGGCAUUGUGCCCAAGUGUGACUUUAGAGCUGCUGAAAUUGAAGUAUCCAUUGUCUUUGUCUACACUAUUUACAUAAGAUGAUUAGUAUGUGGCUUGUUUACGAUAUUUAAUCGCUUUUGUGUAAAGUAUACUUAUUGAUGUUCGUCAAAUCUAUUGUCUUCUAAAUUAGUAAUAUAUUUCCGAAAGUUGCAUGAACUUGUAUGCAUAAUUAUUUAAAGUCUGUGUUUAGUUUUAGUAAUCUAUUCCAUCAGUAGUUAUAUUUGCACAGACAAUGCUUAAAUACAGUUAUUCAGUAAUCAGAGAAUUGACCAGAGAAUUCACCACUUUUCUCAUUUCCAUUGCACUCCCUGCCUCUUUAUUUCACUUGCCAUAUCAGUUCCUAGUCUCUUCCCUCUUUUCCAUUGAUCUCCCAAAUUUGAAUUCAUCCCUCACCUCCUCAUUCCCACCACUAUUUCCUUACCUGCCCUUCUUUUCACUGCCCACCUGAUCUUUCCAUCUUUGCUAAGCAUUCAAUCUCCUCCUCUUUUGCAAUAUUUUCAUAAUCUGUCUUCAUUUUAUCUUUACUUCUUUUUGAUUGCUAGAAUGUUUUGGUACCCGCUAAAUGCAAACAAGACAUAAUACUGACUUAACACAGAAUCUGAAAUGCUACCCCUAACUGCAAUUUUAAAUGCAACUUUAAAUAUUUUUAAAAACCUGGAAUACUCUUAUCUUUUGUUACACACCAUAAACAAACAAUUUAGUAGAUAAACUCCCCCUCCUCCCUAUUAUUUUUUAUACUAGCUGUAGAACUAGUAUAUAAAUAUAUUGAUGACUGUCAACAGCUCUUGCACUUGGAAUGUCAGCAUCCCAAAGUGACAGCAAGGUAUGUCUGAAAACUGAGACAUCACUCAUGAACCGCUGCGGUUUUUACGAUGGGUUUAGAGCAGUUGUGGUUUAUAUAGCAUGCACACGUGAUACUUUAUAUUUAGAUAUGAUAGAGGUAUAGCUGAUAGGCAAAACUAUGUAGGGAUACAGGAAAAGAGGCUCUACUUGCACUGUACCCAGUGCAGACAACUUAAGUUAUGGUACUUGGAGCAUCCCUUUUUAUUCACACUAAACAGAAUAUUAUGUAAAGAAUGUGAUGCUCAAAUAGAAUUUAGCUAUAUUGAGCAAGUAGACUAUGCCAAAAUGCAAAAGGCAUAUAUUUUUUUUCUCUCUCGCUCUCUGACUUUCAAUCGUUGCUUUUAUUUUUUCAAGGGUAGGGACUUGCCAAAAAACUGGUUCAACAAGCAACACAAUUGUCAAAGAUGAAAAGGGAAACAAAUAAAGUAAAAUGAGGUGUAACAAAAUCCCAGAGAAACACUUCAAUUAAAUGAAUGCUGCAGUCUAGAGAUUCCUUUCAUUUUCUUUUUCUUUUUAUGUAGUAAUACAAAUUAUGGGCAAAACAUAUACACCUUUAGCUUUUACAUACAUGUGUGGUCAUUGAGUAGCACCAGGGACUCGCCACCAUAACAACCUAAUUGAGAUGAAGUGGUUAUGACUGGAGUUUUCCUUUUGCUUUUGAAGUGUGCUGCAAAAACCCAAGAUUUGCAGCUGCUGCCGUGAAGCUGCCCAGUACAGGAAGUGGCUUAUAAGUAUUCAGCCAAUCCAAUUCUUGGUUAGUAUGACUAGACCUUUGACAUGCUGUUUAGGGGAUGUAUAAGUUCCCCUGUGAUGUAUUUGUGUGAGGGAAAUGUUUUAUAUCUGUUGAUUUUUUUUUAUUUGUUUUAUAACUGGGAAAAAAAAAUCUGCAGUAUAUGCAGAUAGCUUUGUGUAGGGAUGCACCGAAACCGAAAAUUCAGGAUGUCCUUGGCCGGAAACCAAAAAUGACUUUUUACCCCAAAUGAUUUUUAAAAAGUUGUGUUCCUAUAAUUUUAUUAAUAUUAGACUUUUUAAUGAAUUUAAUCUAAUAUGAAAAACUUUCCUUCUCCCUUCUCUUUUAGUGCCCCUUCCUCUUUUUUAGUGUUCUUUUCUCCCUCCUGCCCAGUCCCACAGUGUCCCCCCUCCUGCCCAGUCCCACAGUGUCUUUUAAAUACAAUAUCUUUUUAUAAAACUUAAGAACGAAUAAGUAAAUUACAGAACAAAUUACUUAUUACUAGUGUAAUAUGUACAAACCUGAAAAAAAGAAUAGAGCAGCUUUGUAAUUGCCCCAUGUCAUGCCAAAAGCAUGAGUUGGUGUUUGAUGUGUGUUGAUAUAUGUUAAGAGUUGUUUUUUUGUAAACCUUGGGAUGACAUUUAUUGUGGUCUUUCAUCUUGCACCAGGCCUAGACCAUAAAACAUCUAGAUAGCCAUCACCAGAGCUGGACACUAGGAAUUGCAUAGAGUGGCCACUAAACUGCCACACCAACCCUCUCUGAUCCCCCCCCUACCUGCCCCCCCAGGGGUCUGCCCACUGAGAAACAACUAGUUUAGAUAUAUAAUGAGGGUGCUGGACUAUCCAGGGAGUUCAGUUAUUCAUUUUUUCUUUGGCCAGCAACUUCUAGGCGACCUAUACCAUCUAAGACUCCCACAAGAAUUCUAUAUGGGGUAAAUACAUGUAAAGAAUUUCUUGUGUUUUCUCCUAUUUUAUGUAUUGUUUUGCAAUUUAUCUGUAUUUUGUACUCAGCACUGUGACUCUUUUUUUUGUCAGAUUGAAUGUUUACUUAAUCAGCUUGUGUCUCUGUUCUCUAUGAGCUUCACUCUCCAGAGGAAAGCUCAGGUAAACACGUUACCAAAAAGGGUUAAUUAUAUGUGUUUGAUCAAUAAAAGUAGAACUGUAAUUCUAUAAUUCUCCUGUGUGUGGGGUAACCUAAGACAUCUGGGUUUAAAAGUCUUGGUGGUGGCAGUAAAGCGUGUACUAGGGGGUUAGUGUAGAAGAGAUUGCAGGGGUUAAUUGAGUGGUUGCUGGGACUAGCGACCGGUAACCAGGGGUCUGGUGUCAUUAACCCUGUCACUUCCACACUCUCCCCACUGUCUUGGCUGGGCCUAUAGCCCAUGCUCAUGACACCCCAUACAGUCUGUUGUGUAGUAUCAGUAUCCUAGAUAUCCUGUUCAAGUGAGCCUUCCUUUUGUUCCAGAUAAUGAUAUAAUUAUAGUAGUGAUAUGUGUUUCAGGAUAAAAACCUGGGGCAGUUUCUCAUAGCAAGUUGAAGAAGCAUUUUGCUCCAAAACCAUUAUUGUACAUUGGAAAAAAAUAAUUGUUAUUGCAAAGCAAACACCAUACAUUUAAAUAUCUGUGUAAAGAUACCAGAUCCUAAAAACGAGAUGCAAGGCCAGCCAGAUAAGGCUGAACUUUCAUUUCUUAAAAUAUCUCCAAAUUCUGCUAAAAACUAUUUUUCAGAGGCUGGUAACCUUGGAGUAAUUUGCCUUUAGACUUAAAGGAAAACUAGAGUCAGGAACACAAACAUGUAUUCCUGACUCUAUAGUGUUAAAACCACCAUCUAGCCCCCCCUUGCUCCCUAAAUAUAGUAAAAUCUUACUUGUAUUCAAGUCUGCAGCUACUGGCUCUGCCCUUGAUUUUCCUGACAUCGUCAGAAGUGAAUCCAAAUUAAAAUGCUUUCCCAUGAAACUGUCAAGGAGGCAGAUCAUGGGCAGAGCCAGCACAAGCCAAAUACAGCCCUGGCCAAUCAGCAUCCUCUUAUAGAGAUGCAUUUAAUCAUUCCUAUAAGGAAAGUUCAGUUUCUGCAUGCAAAGGGUGGAUACACUGAAUGGUAGUACUGCACAGUGUGCAGCACUGCCCUAGGAAGCACCUCUAGUGGCCAUCUGAGGAGUGGCCAGUGAAGUUAUCACCAGACUGUAAUGUAAACACUGAAUUUUCUCUGAAAAGACCAUGUUUACAGCAAAAAGCCUGAUGGGAAUGAUUCUACUCACCAGAACAAAUAAAAUAAGUUGUAGUUGUUACAGUGACUAUAGUGUCCCUUUAAAUUGCCAAUGGAGCAAUGAUAUGUUUUCAGUUUUACCAUUCCAGGAUGGCGAGUUAAUACACUGUUUGAAUCAUAAAUGCAUGUGAUGGACUGGCAUACACUUAGAGUUCUUUCUUUUUCCUUUUCUGUAUGUCUAUCCAUAUCCCUUUACUGAAGUGGAGUGCUCUCCUUUUCUAGGAGACUAUAAAUCAGAUUUUGAUCUACCUUUCUGUGCAAUAUUUUGUAAAACUGUCUUCUACAGAACACGACCCAGUCCUAUUGACUUCUGCUUAUGGUAUGCAUUUGAAAUGUGCUCUUUUGUCCUCCCUUUAGAGGAAAUUUGUCUUCACAUAGUGGAUGCAAGCUGCAAAUAAGAUUUGAAAUAUUAUUUUCUUUUUCGACAAAGGUGCAUAUUUAUUAGAAAAUAAUGCUAUCCUUUUGUCUUUUAUGCUGAGGAUUCUCUGGUGUUAGUGCAUUGCUUGGCCCCAGUGCAAUAAUUUUCAGAUGUUUGGUUAGAACAGCUUUCAAAUGCAUCAGUCAACCAUGCUUAAUUAUUUGACUUGUUCUUGGUCACACAGCCAAAUACAUGAAUGACAAGAUUCUCUUAGUGCUGAAGUCAGCUUUUUGCACAGUGACUUUUCAGUGUAACAUUUAAAUAGUUUAUCAUAAGAUGUUGGAGUUAAUUCUAUGAUAUACAUUUUUAUUUUUUUCUAUAAAAGUUUUAUGCAAAAGACACAAGUGACAUGGCUUUUAAGCAGCACUGUCACCACUCUUAGUUUUGAGUAUAAGCUCUUCAUGACAUACUCCUACUGAGUUUUGGAAUUUAAUUGAAUAUCACAAGACCAAGUACUGCGUACCUUAUCAUAUGGUCAAAAUCCAAGUUGACAGAACUUGACAAAGGGAAAAGCUUCCACAAUCAAGUAAUAUCAAUUUCUACUGCAUUGCAGAAGUUUUGUGUUUGUGAUUGGGCUUUACUUUAAUAUAUCGUUGGUGAUGUUUUACAAACUUUACAAGGGGUUGACACUCCAGAAUAGGGAUCGACUGAUAUAAAUUUUCCAGAGUCAAUGCCAAUUCCAGUUAUCGGUUGCCUUUCGGCUCAAUAACCGGUGCCAAUAUUCUAUACAUUUAAAGUUUGUGUUUUUAUUUUUUUUUUAAAGCAACAAUUCUACACUAAAAUGGCAUUAACUGAACAUGCUGAGAGCAAUCACAUUCUUUUUACUCACAGCCAGUCAGGUUAUGCUGGGUUUAGUAAGAUCCCCAACAUGUACCAUAGCUGUUACUGAUAGGAGUGUGAUGACGGCAAUCACACUCCUAUAACUCUGACAACAACCCAGUACUUUAUAGUAGAUUAUUCACCAUCUCCCCUUCCUGCCUUUACCUGAACUCCCCAUGCGGGGACACACAGGUAGAGAUGACGUGGCACCUAAUUGGCUGGCGUUUCCAGAUGUGGAAUAUGGAGAGUGGUGACUGAUGAAAGUUAUGUAAAUUACAGUACCAAUUAUCAGAAAUAUGCUGGAUAAUGGCUCUGAUAUCAGAACCUGCCCGUUUUUAUUUAUUAAAUUUUUUUUUAAUUUUUUUUUUAAAUCUGUGUUUUGUCAGAACAGAUACUCCGUGUCACCAGCCCUCUCACACAGUGUAAGUUUUUUGAUGUGAGAAUUCUUUACAAUCUUUAUUGAAUACAUUCUGAGUUACUUUUCCGUUUCUGUCGUGGAUACUUUAAUUCCUAGGAAUUUCCCCUGGGAAGGGUGUGUGUGUGUGUAUAUAUACUACACUUCCAAAUGAUGUACAAAACAUCCUUUACGAAACUACUUCAUUUGAGGAGGCAUAGCCUUGAAAGAACACAACUGUAUAGCUGAAAGGUAUACAAAUGGUGGUAUCGAGUUUACCUGAGACAAAGGGACUACAUUGUAUUAUGGAACUGACAAAAAGCAGUAAUUUCCCAUCAGCUCUCGGUUGCAUUGGCUAAUGGUAACAGAUAUCAUCUCAUGUGAUGUGCAUACAUAGCUAUGCAUCUGGUGUAUGUACAGCAUUCUCAACAAGAUCUAUUUUGUUCUGUUGCGCAUGUGUAAGAGUACAACACAGAAGUCAUAGAAUAGUGGUGGCAAGGUGAUGAUGCAAAGGACAGGCAACUGUAGGCACAAAAAGGGCUUUAACUUAUUGAAGCUGUUAACUUGGCUGAUGUUUUAUGGCAGUGUGUCUUGCAUCACUACUACACUGUUUAGUCAACGCUUAGCAUACGUGCUCAGCCUCUGGAAGUCUGUAGCCCGGUUCCCAAUUACUAUAUGGCAGAGGCGGAGCCAUGACGCCAAUUUAUACGAGGAACUCUGAGUAUGACUGCCUGCUUCCCUUGGUUUUAAGAUGAGCAGUGCCUGGCUCUACCUACGCCACCUCGUCAUUAGAGGCCAAACUUCAGGCUGCUGUGGAGCAACUGUCUCCGCUUAAUGCUGAGGAAAUAGUUGAACAGUGAUGCAGGAUUAGUUGCUCAUGGACUCAAGGCGCUAUAACAACUUAAAUAAUUUUAAAUCUGUCGCUCUUCAUGCUCUCUCCAUGGCCAUCACGUACAAAGACCAUGUCUGUGCCACUUUAAUUCAGCAGCGGAAAAUGUCAGAAUUUUUCAUAUGGAGAUUGCUCACAUGGAAGUUGUAGAUAACCAAUUAUAGACAAAGCUUAAAACUAUAGGCUUUAUACUGUGUAUAUUGUGUUGAAUAUAAUUAAAGUUGUUCAAAACUCAAGGAAAGUUUUAUCACAGUGCAACCUAUUCUUCAGAGGAACAAUAUUUUUUUUAUAACAGGAGCUGAAUAAAGGGUGUGAGAGAAUUCUCAUGGCGAAUGGACUUCAUUUAGCCUCUGAACAGGACCCUUCCCCCUCCCCCCUUGAUAAUCUUUCCCUCAAAACCUCUACAUGGACAUUUACCGGAACUUAAAUAGGCCCAUGUGCAGAACAUAUAAAGAGAAGACCUAUGUGAACAAUUCCAGAAAACAUAAUGGGAAGGCAAGAGACUGGGAAAUUUACCAGGUUACAGAAGAGAGGCAGCCAUGUUUGGGACACUCAAGACUUAUUUCAUGCUAAGAAAUUAAAAUCGCUACAUGUCCAGUUAACCCUUUCAAUGUUCAACUUACACACACCAUACUAGCAACUGAAUAUACUGUUUCUAAAGUAAAUUCAGCAAUAGCAAAUAUACCAUGAACUAGAAAUAGCCUCUUUUGAAUUUCAGCAGAAAGAGCUGCAGAAAAGCAAUGGAAAACACCCAAGUACAUUUUUUAAGUUUAUUAUUAAUGACCUGUGCAUUUCGUGAGCUGCAGGCAAUCUCCAGCAGAGCAUAAAGACUGUUUUGUUUGGUUAAUAUAAAUGAAUCCACAGAGUGCCAUACUUAACUCUUUGCUGUUCCAAAUAUUAAACAAUCUGAAGAUAGAGGGGUCAGUGUAUUAUUAACAUGCAUUUGUUAAAGCAUUGCAAAGUAGUUGAGGCUUAAGUACUUGAUACACCUGAUAGAGUACAAACAUUUAACAAUGUGUUUUCCCCCCUCCUUUCUCUAGCAGGGUUUUACUUUUAUGUAUAAGACCAGCAUUAUGUAGCACAGGUAGUACGUGAGCUGAAAUACCUUCUUCCUAAACGGGAUUGUGUUUCUGGCCUCCCUUGACUGCUCCGGUCUCAUACUUUGAGAUUAAUCUCAUAUUACAAAGUUGGGUGCCCCCAGCAAAACCAAAAGGUAUUUCAUUUAGUGUAAGAAGCAGUGCAUAGAUUCACCUGUAUGUAAUUUGAGUUAGGCUUUGAGACUUAUAUAAUUCUUUGAGUUCUAAAAAUAGGGGCAGCAAGAGAGAAUGCUUUUUAGCGUACAUACAGCAGUAGGGACUAAGCAACAGAAGAAAUAUCCAACGAGCACCUAAUUGCAGGUGAGGGAAAGAACAUGAUGGGUUAUCACAAGUGAGAUGUGCAAUGAGCACAGUGUUGGAGAGAAGCCUCAAAUAAUGAGAAAUUUGAAAUGUUUGGGAAGUCACAACAGUGAUUGCAUAGUUUACUUUCUAUGGCAGAUCCUAGAAUAGUGGAAUGAGUUGUGGUAGUCCAAACAGGAAAGGGUCGCUCAGUGCAGACAUUUUUAUUGUAGAGUGACAGAACUGGGUAGAUUCUGUGUGUGUGAAGAAAAAAAAAAAGUGGUUAUUGAAUGAAAGUCAUCCACUAAAUAAGUAGCACACUUAAAUGAAAUAUAAGUAACAGAUUUUGGAGGAAUAAGGAACACUCUUGUCACCAUAACUUCGUCCUCUAAAUGAAAUUAUGUCAGCAGCCCCCUGGGCACUUUCUUUCCGUAAGGUUUUAAACCCCUAAUGCUGCCUCCAGUGCCAGAACGGCAUCUGAAUUCCAGGAUGUGUGCUGCCAGGCAGGGGCGUCACUGAUUGGCUAGAGUGAUCAGUGUGUGUGCGCGCACGUGUGUGUGUAUAUUAAUAUAUACAUAUAUUAAUAUAAAAAUACACUUAUAAUUAAAUCACACGUAUGUGUGUGUGUGUAUGUAUAUAUAUAUAUAUAUAUAUAUACAUACAUACACACACAUUACAAUAUAAAUAAGAAGCAAAAAAAAGGAAAUCAUUAAAAAAAAAUUUGUAUGUAAUUUUAUUCUAACUGUAUUUUGAGAUAUAUAUAUAUAUAUAUAUAUAUAUAUAUAUAUAUAUAUAUAUAUAUAUAUAUCUCUAUUCCUAUACAUAAUGACAUAAAUAAUUUCAUAUGCACGUAGACUUCAAAUAUAUAAAUGUGUAUAUAUAUUUAAAUUCUACGUGCAUACUUAUGUAAUAUUUUACAUAAUUAAGUAAUUUUUAUUGAUUUGUAAUUUGGGGGAUCUGCCUGACAACCCAGGCAGAAAGUCCAGAGAAUUUAAUUUUCUAGCACUGUAUUUAACCCUGUAACUUUCCAUGACACCCUAAAACCUGUACAUGGGAGGGGGGGGGGUGGACUGUUUUACUCGGUAGACUUCUUUUGCAAAUGGUAUGCCAUCAUGGUGGUAAUUCUCAAGUCCUGGGCUACCAUACGCGCUCAAAGGCAACAUAACCAAUCUGACCAAUUUCAACGUGAAAAAACUGAAAAUCAAGCCUUAUAUUUGACCCUGUGGGGUACUGUUAUACUCGGGAGACUUCGCUGAACACAAAUAUUAGUGUUUCAAAACAGUAAAACAUAUCACAGCGAUGACAUUGUCAGUGAAAGUGAAUUUUAUUUUUCGCACCCAAACUGCACUUUCACUGAUGAUAUUAUUGUUCUGAUAAGUUUUACUGUUUUGAAACCCUAAUAUUUGUGUUCAGCGAAGUCUCCCGAGUAUAACAGUACCCCACGGGGUCAAAUAUAAGGCUUGAUUUUCCGUUUUUUCACAUUGAAAUUGGUCAGAUUGGUUAUGUUGCCUUUGAGCGCGUAUGGUAGCCCAGGAAUGAGAAUUACCACCAUGAUGGCCUAUCAUUUUGCAAAAGAAGACAACCCAAGGUACUGCAAAUGGGGUAUGCUCAGUCUUUUUUAAUAGCCGCUUGGUCACAAACACUGGCCAAAGUUAGCUUUAUUCAUUGUUUGUUUGCAUUUUUAACACACAAAUAUAAAUGCUAACUUUGGCCAGUGUUUGUGACUAAGUGGCUACUAAAAAAGACUGGGCAUACCCCAUAUUGAAUACCCCAGGUUGUCUACUUUAAAAAAGUAUGUACAUGCAAGGUGUGAUUCAGAGAUUUAUGACAGAUAAGUGUUAUGUCACUAUUGUUACAUUUUUAAAAUAUAUAUUUUGAAACCGCAAUAUCCUACUUGUACUUAGAGCCCUAUAACUUAAAAAAGCUAAGAACAUGUUAACUCUGGGCAAAAUUUAGGAACUAUUUAGCACUGGUGUUUUUUUUGGCGGUUGUAGAUGUGUAACAGAUUUUGGAAGUCAGAAAAAGUAUGUUUUAAAAAAAAUAAAAAAAUAAAACAAAUUUCAUCAUUUUUAAAAAAAUGGUUUUUUUUUUUUUUUUAUAGUAACUUAUAUAUGAUGAAAAUAAUGGUAUCUUUAAAAAGACCAUUUAAUGUCGAGAAACAGUAUAUAAUAUGUGUGGGAACAGUAAAUGAGUAAGAGGAAAAUUACAGCUUAACACAAACACAGCAGAAAUGUGUAGCAGUAAAAACAGCCCUGGUCCUUAACGGUAAGAAAAUUGAAAAACGGUCUGGUCACCGGGCUGCCUUAGUCACGUGUGGCGGGGGUGUAACUAGCACCUCGUGCACAAAUGUAAAUAUCUCUCUGUGUGGUGUUUCAAGCUUAAAUGCUGAACAUACAGGCUCCUAUCACCAUGACCACUUCUAAAAGCAGAAGUUGGAGAAACCCUUUAAAUUAGAAAUUAAUCUACUUUUCCAUGGUAAUUCUGUGAGGCUUUGCGUAGGAAUACCUUUGGACUAUGAAUCUAUCUUUUUUUUGACACUUUUACAUGCCAUACAGUAUUCAGUGCUGGCUGCAAAAACAUUCGGGUCAUUCUUGAACGCUGCCAUCAUAGGGGUUGUAUUGACAAUAUAUGCAUGUGCACGGAGAAUGAUGUUUCUAAACCUUGAGCAUGCACUCAAUGCAAUCUGUAUGUUUCCUUAGUGGACCAGUUAUACGAAGCUUUCAGCAUCUGUUCUAGUAGUAUUUUAUUAAUUGUUCAGAAGUCAAAAUCCCCGGACACUGAAGAAAAUAACUUUGCUUUUCUUAGCCUAGAGAAUAGCUUUGGCUUCUGCUCUAAUGCCCUGAUCCACUUGAGAUUUGUAAUGUCUGUUCUAUUUGAUAAAUCAGCUAACUUUGCUUGCCCAUCCCUGUGGGGCUCCUUAUCUCAUUAUGUUACAUUUUAUUGAAUUUUGAGUUAUUCUGCCCAUAGAGAAACGAUAUUUGAAGCACACUAUACAACUGUGAUACAAAUGUGUUAUUGAGGUUGUUUGGAAAAUACCAUGAUAAUCAACUGAAUGGGCUGCACUACUGCGUAACAAGCAAUGUCUUUAGCAGCACUGCGUGUGAAUGGGGGAGGAGAAGCAUUGCCACUGAUGGAGUCACAAUAACCUUGGCAACUGCUACAGGAUAAAGGCAGAACGUAUGAUCUUUUAUACACUGCCUGGUUGCAUUCAUUUGUAUCAUCUGCCAUGUGAGAGUUUUCUGAAGCAGGUUACUGCAGUCAUGUGAAAAGACAAGACGUUUAAUAGGCACCAUCAGUUUGCCUCCUCCAAGUAAAUAUACCAAAAUACUGGGGAGACUAGAAUACAGAUGGGGUUCUAAGUCUGUGCGUCAUCCUCCUGCCUUUACUGUGAGCUUUAUGGCUGUGGAGCUUUACGUAUUAUGGACUAAAAAUCAGCCACCAAGCUUCAUGGGAGUUAUACACCCCCAGAAACAAGGCUGCUCUCAUCCUACCAUUGCUGCAGCAUUUGUAUGCAAAGUCCCAUCAUCCUCAACCAGACCCUUGUUGAGCAUGAUGGGAGUUGUAUUCCUCAACCGGAUUAGUCUAUAUCUGGUACUAAAUUUGUUGUUCCAAUUGUUUCCAACAUGUGUAACUUGGCUGCUUGCUUUUUUUUUUUUUCUUCUCUCAUGAUUAAUUUUUUUCUGACGCAAGCUUCCUGGGGCAUUUAAGAUUUUUUUUUUUUUCCAUCUUAGCAGCAAGGGCCUAUUCUCUCCACCCCCAAUGUUUCCUAGGCAUAGUUUGCUUCAAUGCCCUGUUCACUUCAGUAUUUCAGACUUAAUUGUAUUAACCCAUAAAAGCUGAGGCAAUAUAUUUAUGUUUAAUAUAAAUAAAUAUAUUGCUGUGUGUACUUCUUUAAGAACAGGACUCAAGAAGAUGGCAGUAAAAAAUUACGGCUUUAUUUAUAAAUAAAAGGUGAACAUGCACCAGUGAAUUCAAAUACAGAGGUUGGUUCUAUGCAUUUCGUCCAAAUAAACUUUGACUUCCUCAGGAACCUAAAAUCAAUUUGUGUAACAAUAGCAUACAAAAUGAUAUACAAAAAUAAAGCAGCCUGACCCUUCCCACCCUCAAGUCCUCUUAAAUAGGGCUAGUCCCUAAGUUCAUUGGUGGUUUCAUGGGCGUGUGUUUUCCUUCGAGAUCCGAUGAGUUGUAUCACCUGUGGGUCUCCAAUCUUCAUCCUUCCCGGCAGGUGCGCAAGCGACUGAUGUAAAUUGAAACCGGAAAUGCAUUGAACCUGGCACUUCGUGCGUUCCACCCGUUGUUUAUGAUACAAGACAGGAACCAAUAUGGCCGUGCGUUCCAUCAGUGAUGAUACAGACGUGAUAUGUGACUCCUGGUGGUAACUGAAUGAUAAAAAAAAAAUAUAAAUAUAUAUAUAUAUAUAUAUAUAUAUAUAUAUAAAAAAUAUGGAACAUAAGUCAGUCCGAAUACGAAUCUGUUGAAGAGAAUGAUUACUCCCACAUGACAUAGAAUGUAAACGUUUUAUGACUUCGUAAAUAUACAGAUAAACAGUAGAGACUCUAUAAUUUAACUUUAAUAUAGCAAUAUUAUUUAGGAGAUUUUUCCCUGUCUCAGUAUAGUAAUAAAGAUGCUCUGCAUGAGGACAUUCAGCAUCUGUGAAAUCAUUGAGGCAAUGCUUUUCUAUGGGGAGGGCCUUAUGCACACCUUUGGCGUUUUCCAUGCAGUACAUGCCUUUUGUCUCUCAUUUCCUGUAUUCUUGGGCAUGGAAUGUGAGCCUGAAUGCAUGGAUGCAUUUGUGUGGAAUGUCCGUGUCACUAUAUAUUUGUGAAUGCAGGUGUGUGUUUGAACCCAGUUAUCACUCUCUGGUCUUGCCACUUGUCCCUUCUCAUGUUACUUGCUCUAUGACUCUUCAUUGAAUAGACAUUGAUAUCUUAAAAUCUUCUCCAUUGUGAGAUGUUUUGCUCCUUUCAUGACACAAAAAUGAGCAUAUAAUCCAGGGCUCAACAAAUCCCAGGUGACUAGGCAUUCUGCCUUGGCGUCGAGGAUAUGCGAGCCCCUUAACUCCAAGGCGGGCAGGCGGCCAGCGGCAAGCUAAGGGAUUUUGUAGGAAGGUGGCUUGCUGGGUGGACCUGGAGGCGGGCGGCUGGCUGCGCAUAUUGUUGCUGGUGGCGAGGGAGCUGUGUUGUCCUUGCUCUUUCCCCAACCUUCCUACAAAAUCCCCCAACUUCCCGCCCGCCUCUAUAAUCCUCCAGCAUUCCGCCUACAAGUAUUAAAACAAGCAAUAAUGUGUGUGUGUUUAGGUGACCAGACCCCUUCGGUUUGCAAGACCCCCAAACGUCGUGCUGGUCUCCAACUGGCCCUGCCUCUAUGGCUGAGAUUAUCAAAGUUGAUCUCAGCCAAUCCAAUGUUUUCCCAUAGAAUUGGCUGCAAAACGCUGCACCAAUCAGCAUCUCCUCAUAGAGCUGCAUUGAAUCAAUGCAGCUCUAUGAGGAGUGUUCAGGGCCUCCAUGCAGAGCGUGGAGACACUGAAUGUAGGUGCUGCACACUGUGCAGGACUGUCACUAGGAAGCAAUGUAAAACACUGCAUUUUCUCUGAAAAGGCAGUGUUUACAUUGAAAAGCCUGCAAGGACAGGCUAUAGACACCAGAAACACUACAUUAAGCUGUAGUUGUCCUGGUGACUAGUGUCCCUUUAAGAAUUGUAUUUUUGUCGUUGAAUAUAAAACUUUGCAAGUUUAAAAAAAUAAUCUGGCUCCUAACUUUUUUUAGCUGGCUCCUAGAUUCCAAGCAAAUUUGUCAAGCCCUGAUAUAAUUAUUGUCUUAGGUGUAGAUUCAUGCUACAAUUAGUGCUGCAGACCACCUCUUUUUACAUGCGUGCCGAAAGGUUAUCGCUGUGCCAUUUUACGUAUUGUGUGAAUUUUCUGUUUAAUGCUGUAUAAGUCAAAUUAGCAUUUAACAUUGCAAAUGGGCUUUUAAUAUGAAUUGGCCUGUAACACUACCUUACUUUUAUAGGUUUACUGCUGCUUCUCUGCAUUAAAAUAGUUGCUGAUUAGAGCCUGAUUGUAGUAUUAGCGCACCUGUUGUUGUUUUUUCUUUUUAAAGCAAUUAAUCUUUUUGGAUAUUUGAUAGUAGACUUAUGCACAAAUCCCUUUCAACUGCUUUAAACAAAUUAAAUACCUGUUAAUCUAUGGACGAAUAAAUAGGUUAGUUGGGUAAACCAUGAAUCCGUUUAUUAGUUUGACCGUAGAUUGACAGGCAUUUGAUUCGUUCAACACAGCUGAAAGGAAUUUUGCACAAGUCUAGUUGAGUUUACUAAAUUCAUAGUUGGAAUAUCGAUCCUCUCUGUUUUAUUAAAGGGGAAUGGUCAAUUUCCAUGAUCUGUAAUGUGUUCGUUUAGCGAAUAGAUAUUUGUGAAAAAUAAAAUUAAAGGAACACUAUAGAGUAAGGAAUUCAAACAUGUUUUCUUGACCCUAUUGUGUUAAAAACACCCUCUACCUUUCUCCCUUAAUAUAGUACAAUCUUAUCUUUAUUCCAGUCUACUGCUGCUGGUUCUGCCCCUGAUCUACCUGCUUGAUUGACAUCAUCAAGUGGUGGUCUGAGCCAAUCACCGUGCUUUCACAUAGGAAAGCAGUGGACUGGCUGAUCUUGUCAAGGAGGCAGAUCAGGGGCAGAGCCAGCAGAACCCAAACACAGCCCUGGCCAAUUAGACUCUCCUCAUAGAGAUGCAUUGAUUCAAUCCAGCUCUAUGAGGAAUGUUCAGUGUCUGCAUGCAGAGGAUGGAGACACUAAAUGUCAGGGCUGUGCACUGCUACAGGAUGCACCUCUAGUAUCCAUAUGAGAAGUGGCCACUGGAGGUAUCACUAGGCUGUAAUGUAAACACUGCAUUUUCUCUGAAAAGAGUGUUUGCUGCAAAAAGCCUGAAGGGACUGAUUAUACUCACCAGAAUAAAUACAAUAAGCUGUGGUUGUUUUGGUGACUAUAGUGUCCAUUUAAAUGUAGAAAUUUUACUACUGGGCAGCCCCAUUUAGGAUUGUGUCAUUAAUUGUUUUAAUAUUUGCCCUUUUGUACCUGGCAGUCAGCAUAGAUAAAGUAUGCAGAGAAGAGGAGAAAUGAAACAAUGUGUCCGUACUGUAGUGGAUUUUUGAUGUAUUUGCUAAAUAUUUUAUUUGCGUUUGAAAGAAACAGCAUCUUAUUGAGGAAAGAAGUUCAAACAAGUUAUAGAUACUUUUUAAAAUUGUAUUCAAUGCUGUUAAUUCCAGAGAGUUACUAAUCACCCUUUAAAAUCAUCUUCCCAAGAAAGAGUAGCUUGCAUAUUCUUGGUAUAACUGUAUGUGGUUAAGAAGUUCUUUAAAACAACACUUAUGGGUGGAGCAGACAGUUAUUUCUUUAGAAAUAUAUAUAUAUAUAUAUAUAUAUAUAUAUAUAUAUAUAUAUAUAUUGCAAGAACAAUAAGACUGUCUCUCUUGAAUUUCCUCAGAGACAUUUUAAAGAAACGCUCUAGUCACCUAAACAACUUUAGCUGAAUGAAACCGUUUUUGUGUGUGGACCAUGCCUGUCCGGUUUCACUGCUCAAUUCACUGUCAUUUAGGCAUUAAAUCACUUUGUUUCGGUUUAUGAAGCCCUUGUCUUACCUCCCCUGGCUCUGAUUGACACAGCCUGUAUGAAAAAAAACAACUGAUUUCACUUUGUCAGAUGUAAUUUACCUUAAACAAUUGUAUCUCUUUCUCUGUAAAUUGAACCUUAAUCACAUACAGGAGGCUCUUGCAGGGGAUAAGAAAAUCUAAAUUAAACUGAACUUGCAAUAAAGGAAGGAUAGAUUGUAGAUGACUCUUUACAGGAAGUGUUUAGGGAGGCUGUGCAAGUCACAUGCAGGGAAGUGUGACUAGGGUUCAUAAACAAAUUGAUUUAACUCUUAAAUGGCAGAAAAUUGCACAGUGAGACUGCAGGGGCAUGUUCUAUACACCAAAACUGCUUCAUUAAGCUAACAUUGUUUUGGUGACUAUAGUGUCCCUUUAAUUGAAUCAAUGCAUCUCUAGGAGUAAAAAGCUUUAAGGGAAUGAUUCUACCCACCAGAACAAAUACAAUAAGCUGUAGUUCUAGUAAGUAGUGUCCCUUUAAGCCCUGAUGUAGUUUAACACUUUGUAGCGUUUUUACAGAGCCCAACCUGAAGACAGCUGCUUUCAGUAUUGUGAAUGGUUUUGACAGCUGUGGAGGUGAUGGUGGAACUUCGUAAGUGCGUGCCUUCCUGGCCAGCUUGCAUACAAAUACUUGCAGAAGGAGACUGAGAACUCUCUCCACCCGAUAGUGCCUUCUAACGUUAGGAGGAGCCAAAGACACGUCCAGCAGGUGCAGACCACGUGCAUCGCUCAGAGCAUUUUCGUGGGUUAUCACAGCAACACUCUGAUUAAUUACCUAACAAAAUCCUCUUUUUAAAAUUUAUAUAUAUCACCCUAACUGCUGAUGUGGUUAUGGCGCCAUUAGUCUGUGCAUUCUGUCCACUUGUUCUGAAUCAAACACUUUUCAAAACUUUACCAAAACUGGGGGUCUCUAAGGCACUUGUUCAGCAACUCCUCACCAGAAUUCCACUUCUGCUUUAGCAGUAUCCAUUUCAUCUAGUCUUCAUUGCCAAACGUGUCGGUAGAGCCAAUGAUGCUCUGCAUCUCAUCCAAUCAGUGACCUCCAAAUAUGGAUCUGCUACACUAGUAGUUACAGUGAGUGAGGCUGGUUUUACUCAAAGUAAGAUCCUUGGAAUGGUGCUGUAGCCUAAUACCUUCAGUGUACCUAAGUGUGGGAUUUGACUACAGUUCAGGCAAAGCCAGGACACAAUGCAAAAGUGCAAAUGAGAACGAUGUUCAGUGUCCGAGAAGCCCAACAUUAAGGAGAAUGAUUGACAGGGAACAAAGAUUGAGUCGACCAGUUGCAGAAUAAAAUAAGUGAGGAUUUCUCUGUUUAUUUCUGUUUCCGAUGUCACAUAUGUACGUGCGUAUAUGGGUGAUAAGUAAGCCUAAUAUAUUAAAUUAAAAGAAACUUGAGACCAGGUUUAUGCUGUUAACUCCUCAUUUGUGCUUCAAUGACGUCUAUACUUGCUAAUUCAUGUUAUGUGACAUGUAAGGAGAGCUACAGCUCCUGUUGCAAGUUUACGUUUUUAGCAUACAUUGAAGGAGCACUAAAGCAAACAUGUUUUCCUAACACUUUAUUGUUCGUGACCCUAGUUACAUAGGUUGUCUUCAUCCCCGAGUGCAAUAAAAAUAAAGGUUUGGGGGGGAGGGGAGGGUUUUUUUUCUUCCUUUUUAUUUUUUUUAUUUCUCUCUUGCUUUAAUUUUUCCAGCACCAAAGGCUUCAUCUGUGAUGCUUUCCUUUCCACCUCCCUCAACAUAAUAGAGGAAACCUGGCCUCAUCCAGCAUGGUCCAGCACACUGCCCCUGCUCCUGGAGGAGCAUUGGGUACCUGGUGCUCAUGAUUGGAGAGCACUGUGCGUUCAUCGAAGCUUCCCCAUAGGAAAACAUUGAAUCUAUGGGAGCUUUUGCCUCAUGUGACAAAGUGUUACUUGGUCAGUGCAGUGGCAGCACCUCUAGUGACUGUCCGUAAACAUUCUUCAAGGUAAACAUGGCCGUUGCUGUAAAACGGCAGGGUUUUGUUUUUUCGUAUUUUAGUUUUUACCUUGAAUAUUUACAUUCACAGGACCACUGCACCGAGGCUUCUUCAUUGAGAUAAAAGCAUUGGUGACUUAAAAUUUAAGAAUGUAUCCUCCUGCACUAGCUCGAUAAAUGGUGUAACCUUUCUUUUUAAAGAUGAAAAAUAUCUAGUAUGAAAAUCUAUAUUUAGUAUGUAGCCCUGACCCUGUAAUAGAGACAUUGAAAUUGAAUUGAGAGACGCACUAGAACUCUGCCUUCAUAUUAAUCUUUCAAAGCAUACAUAAUUUGCUGCUUUGUUUUUUUUUGUUUUUUUUUUUGCAUGAGCACACUCUGGUUAGAUCCCUGCAAAAUAAAGAAAUAUCCUCUGGACAAAAGUAAAGCAGUUUACAAUUAUGGCCAAAACAAUUUCCAUUGCUUCGCAAUCUUCAGACCACAACUAUUAAUAGCAUUGAAGGUGCAUUGCUUUCUGUAAAUGGAAUAUGUUUGCAAAGUCACUAAUGGCUAUGUGAAAUUCAUAGUUUGCAGGGAUUUGGUCAUCCCCAGAAUGUAAAAUGCUUUGGUUAGGCCAUUCAGUUUAAAGUUAACAUAAGCUACUCUAAGCACCAGAACUUUAGCUAUAACCUCCCCCCACCUCCCCCUUAAGAAUAAAACCUCCAAACUUCAUAACUACUACUGCAUGAUGCAGUGGCUAUAGAGCCAGUGCCCUGUAACCCUACCCAAUUUGUAUGGAGCCAAACAGUUUUAGAACAGUAUGACUUCUUGCUUGUGGUCUGCUUGACACUUCUCUUUCCUUUCAUUACCUCAGCCAAGGGCAGAAAGCCCCUGUUUGAGUUUUCAUUGCCUCUCCUGAAACAAGGAACAACACCGUGGUUGAGUAUGUCAUCUGAUUGCUGUCAAUGAUCUAAUCCUUGUACUGCAGGGCUCAGAGGUUCCAGCUGUCUGGAAGUGGCACCUGGCAGAUCCCAGGUAAGAAGUCUACCUGUUCCAAAACGGUUUGCCUCCUUACAGGGGCACUCUUGGCACUGCUACACUGUGCUCCGCCAACAUGCUAUCUGAAAAUACUCUGCUUAAAAACAGACCAAAUGAAUCAACUCAGACAUUUGUUAAAUGUGUGAGUUAUUGCAUUUGUGUUACACCCAGACCACUUCUGCCCAUAGAAGGUGCCAACUCCCAUCACCCUUAACCCCGCAAGUGUAAUAAUUGCAGUUUUUAUAAACUUCAAUAAUUACCUUGCAGGGUUAAGUUCUCCUCUAGUGGCUGUCUGAUAGACUGCCACUAGAGGGACUUCCAUGUUCUUAGAACACGAAAAGUGUUUUAAACGACGCUGGACGUCCCCACGCUAUGCUUGAGGACCUCCAGCGUCACCUUUGAAGAAUGCUUUUCUAUGGGGGUCUAAUGCGCGCAGCCAUUGUCGCAUAUGCGCAUUAGGUCUCCCCUGCCGGCUGAUGUCUGUGGGGGAGGAGCGUGGGAGGGAGAGGGGCACUGCAGGAUUCUGCAGUGCCAGGAAAACAGGUUUGUUUUCCUGGCACUGGAGAGUUCCUUUUAAGGGUGUAUAGGUUGCAUAAAAUUACUGUUGGAUCCUUGCACUACUAGAUAAAUAUGAGAAAUUAGAAAAGUCAGAUAUGCCAGUGAUUAUAUUAACCAAAGACCACAAAAUACCAAUAUCGAGUAAUGAUGUAGACUCGUUAUCUGGACUGUAGGGAUUGAACCCCAAGAGACAUGAUGCCAAGAAUUAAAAAAAAAAUAAGAGAUUUCACAGUACAGAUCCUUCCUAGUUCUUCUGCCAAAGGAAAAACGGCUGCUGCGUGGGUUAUGAGAAACAUAAACACAAAAUUGUGCAUGAGAGCAGAAUGGAAAAGCCUUAAGAGCCUUAAGAAAGCAGAUUAGAGAGUCUGGGUUAAAACCUGCAUUUUAAUGCACUUGGAAAAAUAAUAUAUACAUAUCUAUUUAUUGCCUUGUCCAAGUCCCUAAAAUCCUGCCUCUGCAGUCUUGCAGCACCCUCUUUUUGCUCAGCACUAACUUUCCUGUUCCUGCUGGGCAGUGUCUAAACAGCAGCCUUGAGGACAUGGUGAGCACACCGGAAGCUAUUAUAAAUAAAUAUAUACACUCCACCUCCCUCUCCUGUCCAGACUUGGAGGGUAAGGAAAUACACAUCUUUAUUUUUCUGAUCUUAGACUCGGUUACUGACAUUAUUUCAACAUUCUGUCCCAUAUUCUAAAUGUAUAUAUUAGAGUAUUAUAGCUUAAUUAAAAAGGGGGUUGAUGAAAUUUGGCUUCCAGAUAAUGGAAAAUAAAAGGGAAUAAAAUAAAGAAAAAUAAAUCUCAAAUUAAGCUGAUAUAAAGGAAAAUUAGUAUUUUAAUCAUUUAUAAAAUCUGAAUACUAGAUAAACCUAGGAUCACAUUGUCCAAAACUGCAUUGGGAAGCUUGAUAAGCAUACCUUGUUGUAUACAUUAGCACUUAGGACCAGGCGUGGACUUUAUCCCAUAUACACAUCAUGAAAUAUUUACUUAAACACUUGAGGUCUCAGGGUCCACUCCGAGCGACAUUUUAUACAGGAUAUAUUUUCUAGGCAUGAAACAAAAGGCAGAAGUUAAUAGAGUUUAUACCAACAAUAUACAUCAAGUAACACUUAAACCCUUUUGGUUAUUUUUCAUUGCAGUAGCUUGAGAAAAACUCUAAAUAUAAUGAAAAAUUUCCAGGUCCACAGUGGAAUAAACUUUAGGCUGGUUUUGCAUGUACCGUAUAUACUCUAGUAUAAGUCGACCCGAAUAGAAGACGAGACCCCUAAUUUUACCCUCAAAAAACUGGGAAAACUUAUUGACUCGAGUAUAAGACUAGGGUGGGAAAUGCAGCAGCUACUGGUAAAUUUCUAAAUAAAAUUAGAUCCCUCAAAAAUUAUAUUAAUUGAAUAUUUAUUUACAGUGUGUAUGAAUGCAGUGUGUGUGAUGCAGAGCCUUGGUGGGGGGUGGGCAUUUUUUUAUUUUUAUAUUUUUAUUUUAUUUAAAUUUUUAUGUUAUUUGUUUUUGUCCCCCCUCCCUGCUUGUUAGCUGGACAGGGAGGGGGGCUCUCAUUCCCUGGUGGUCCAGUGGUAUGCACUGUGUAGGAGGGGGGCUGGCAGGAAGUUGUUACUUACCUUUCCUGCAGCUCCUGUCAGCUCCCUUUUCUCUCCUCCGGUCCGGUCAGCUCCCUUGUAAGUCUUGCGGUGUGACUGCCGGGCGGAGCGUUGCCACGGUAACCCAUGGCUCUCGCGAGACUUGCAGGGGAGCUGACCGGAGGAGAGAGAAGGGAGCUGACAGGAGCUGCAGGAAAGGUAAGUAACAACUUCCUGCCAGCCCCCAACAGGACCGCUGGGCUUGUAAUGAGCCCGGCGGUCCUUGUCUGUAUUAUGGCAAUGUAAUAUUGCCAUAAUACAGACAAUCACUCCAGUAUAAGACGAGUGAGGGUUUUUCAGCACAAAAAAUAUGCGAGUAUAUACGGUAUAUCAAAUUAAUUCUAUUGUCCUUUAAGAAGUUAUACAAAGUAUGGUAAUAGCGGCAGGAAAUUCAGAUCAACAUUAAAUAGGUCUCUGACCAUUUUUUUAAAAGAGCCUAGAUUGAAGGUAUAUUGUUACAAAUGUUCAGCUUUAUACAUAUAAUGCGCUAAGGAAACACAAAACCAAGUAUGCAAGGUCAUUAUGUCAACCAUUGCUUGAAACGAGCAUACCCAUGGCUAUUUCUACUAGCAUGAAUAAUUGUACCAUAGGUAAUAGAUAAAUUGUUGUAUCAAGGUUAUUCUUCAAAAUUCUUUGUCAUGUACAAAAAAGAGCAGUUAGCAAAAGUUCAGUUAGAGGAAAAAAAAUUAGUUGAAGCAUAAAUCGCAUUCCUUUGUAUUCUAUAAAGUAUGAAAUACUCUACCUAAAAAUUGCUCUUUGAAACCCUUUUUGCACCAUUAUUAUAACUGGUUAUGGUGUCCAUAUAUUUAUUUUUAGCUACAGACUGCUGAGUUUUCUACUUAAAGAGACAUACUACUUAUCUCAUUAAAGUGGUCUGUUGCAGUGUCCCUGUCCCCCUUUACCCUGCAUUUAAAACAUUGCAUUUUUAAUGAACUCUCAAUUAUGGUCUGCCAGACAGCUGCUAGAGACGCUUCCUGCAGUGAAGCGCUGUUUGAUGUCAUCACGCUUUGCAUGAGGACGUCCACCGUCUUCCAAGUCAACAUAGGAAAGCAUUGAUUCAAGGGCGGGGUGUGGGGGCAGAGGGCUACUAUAGCGUUAGGAAUGCAUUGAAAGCAUUUAAUCCAUUUCUCUUAAAAUUGGCACUUUUAUGAAUUGUGACAUGGGUUAAGUUCUGAAUGGUAAGUGUACAGAAAGCAAGCUUAAGUGUUUUAGGUGUCUGGUGUGUUCCUUUUUAAAGAAGCAGAUUCAGACAUAUUUGAUUAUAUAACAAUAUCUACCCUAAAGGAACACUUAGCACCAGGUGCUGCUUUCUGCCUCCACUUCCUCAGCCACAGAGCCAGAAACUACUGCUUUUGAGAUUGUUAGCUCUCCUGAGCUAAGCCUUGCAGUGCUUAUCAAGCUCAUUGGCUAAGAGCGCCAGCUGUUCUGUCAUCCAAUGACCCAAGCCCUGAAACUCCGGGCUUUGUCCAGAGUGCUUCCUGCUCUCUGGCUGAUGUAGUGGGCGUUCAGAGAGGUGCCUGGCAUACCCAAGUAACUACCAACGAAGGUUUGUGAGCCCAUGGGGGCCCAUGUCAGGUUAUCAGUUUGUGUCCCCUCUUCAACCCCUCCCCUCCACCCCCCCCCCUUCAUUUUUCAAUAGGUAUAGUUAAUGGGGCCAAGAAUAUACAUUGUUCAGGGGCCCCUAAUUUAACCCCUGGGCCCUUGGCAGCUGCCACCAUGGAUAACCUUGUAGUCAGUCAUGCUCCAAUAAGUGUGCUGUACUGGUUAUGCUGCUUGGAGUGUUCCUUUAAAGAUGCAUGCAAUUUUUCCCCUUAAAGGGACCCCUUCAGUUUUUCAAUAGGUAUAGUUAAUGGGGCCAAGAAUAUACAUUGUUCAGGGGCCCCUAAUUUAACCCCUGGGCCCUUGGCAGCUGCCACCAUGGAUAACCUUGUAGUCAGUCAUGCUCCAAUAAGUGUGCUGUACUGGUUAUGCUGCUUGGAGUGUUCCUUUAAAGAUGCAUGCAAUUUUUCCCCUUAAAGGGACACUAUAGUCACCUGAACAACUUUAGCUUAAUGAAGCAGUUUUGUUGUAUAGAACAUGCCCCUGCAGCCUCACUGCUCAAUCCUCUUCCAUUUAGGAGUUAAAUCCCCUUGUUUAUGAACCCUAGUCACACCUCCCUGCAUGUGACUUUCACAGCCUUCCAUAAACACUUCCUGUAAAGAGAGCCCUAUUUAGGCUUUCUUUAUUGCAAGUUCUGUUUAAUUAAGAUUUUCUUAUCCCCUGCUAUGUUAAUAGCUUGGUAGACCCUGCAAGAGCCUCUUGUAUGUGAUUAAGGUUCAAUUUAGAGAUUGAGAUAUAAUUAUUUAAGGUAAAUUACAUCUGUCUGAAAGUGAAACCAGUUUUUUUUUCACGCAGGCUCUGUCAAUCAUAGCCAGGGGAGGUGUGGCUAGGGCUGCAUAAACAGAAACAAAGUGAUUUAACUCCUAAAUGACAGUGAGUUGAGCAGUGAAAUUGCAGGGGAAUGAUCUAUACACUAAAACUGCUUUAUUUAGGUGACUAUAGUGUUGCUUUAACAAGUUCCCCUUCAGUGUAAAGCAGGAUCCACUGUGCCAACACAAUUCCUUAUUUAAACUUUGCUAUUUACCUGCAAAUCUGUUUUAAGCAAAGCCUUUCACUUCCUUACUACCUCUGCUCAGUUGGAACAAUCCCUGAUGCUGUCACUAUCUGCAUCUUGUCUAAUCAGCUGCUCAAGCAAUGUAUAUCUGUGAAGAUAUACAGCGAUUUUUAUACCUCCUCUGGUGGCAAUCUCAUCUUAACGUUUGCUAUUAAAGAAGCAACGGUGAAAGUAUAAUUACGUAGUUAAAUAGGCUGAAAAGAGACGUAUCCAUCAAGUUCAGCCUUCCUCAAAUGUUUUUUUGCUAGUGAUGCAACAAUCCAGUGUGAAGCACUUGCAAUAUCCUUAUUGUUCUUAUGAUAAACCUUUCCUUUGCUUUAGACUAAAUCUUCUUUCUUCCAGUCUAAACGCAUGACCUUGUGUCCUAUGUAAAGUUCUGUUUGUAAAUAGAUUUCCACACAAUGGUUUGUAUUGGGCCCCGGAUAUAUUUGUAUAAUGUUAUCAUAUCCUCUCUGAGACAACGUUUUUCUAAACUAAAGAGGUUUAAAUUUGUUAACCUAAUGUUCUUGUUAGUAAGACACUGAAAGUACCUCCCCCCCUCCCCAACAGUACUAAGUAAGGUUUUCAUUGACUGAUAUUGCAAUGGCCUCAUCAUGUAAUAAUUACAUUGCAGGACUAAGAUUGACAGCCCCUAGAGGAACUUCCUGCUUGUUAUGUGACUUUUGGUUGCCUAACUGACGCUAGACGUCAUCUGCAUCAGUAAAACCCCCAUAGAAAAGCAUUGUUGCAAUCAAGCGGACAAGCUACCUCUGUUCUGGAUGGUACGGGUUGGGGUGGUACGGGUUGGGAUGGUACGGUACAGGUGUGGUGAAGAGGGAGAGAGAGAGAGAGAGAGAGAGCAGCAAAGGGGGAGAAUUAUUUCCUUAACGGUUUAAUCUCGUCUGUAAAGUAGCAGACAAAGCUAUCGACUGAGGUUAGUUUGGGGGGUGGCUUCACCAGGGCGAAGGAGAGAGUUGAAGGUAUCAAAGAGAUGCCUGGAAUUACGUGAUCAUGAAUUAAGGAGAGCAGAAAAGUAUGAUUGUUUACCAUGGGUAAGGGUUGUGUUGUAUGAACACUGAAUUUAUAUCUGAAAAAGUCUGGAAUGGUGCAGGACUUUCUCCAGCAGCGUUCAGCUGAACGAGAGCUUCUCAAGUUUUACUGCUCAAAUAAUUACCUGUUAAAACUAGUAAUCGACCGAUUAUCGGUCUGGCCGAUAUUCGGUAUUUUCUGCAAUAUCGGUAUCGGCCAAUAAAGAUACCGAUAUUGCAUACCAGGACCACUGGGCCCAUUACAAACCCCGCAGUCCUGGGGGGGGCCAGCAAGCGCUUACUGACCUUCCCUUCAGCUCCCCUGUGUAAAUCUCGCGAGUCCCGCAGUUAUAAUGGCAACACUCCGCGCAGCACGCUGUCCGCGAGAGUUACACAGGGGAGCUGCAUUCACUAUACACACUACACACACUCUGCAUUCAUUAUAUACACACUACACAAAUACACACUGCAUCCACUACACAAACACACACAGCUCCCCUGUCUAAACACUCUGCAUUCACUACAUGUGGCCUGUAUAUUUUGUGCAUUUACCUUUAGAAAUAUUUUAUUUUUUUCAAAAUGGUAAAUGUACAAAAUAUAUCGGUAAGUUAUUGGCUACUGGCCUGACAGUUCAGAGUAUCUGGGUCGAUCCCUAGUUAAUACAUUUUUGUUUGUUUAUGCAGCCCUAGCCACACCUCCUCGACUGUGACUGACACAGCCUGCGUGAAAACAAAAUGGUUUCAUUUUCAGUCAGAUGUAACUUACUUUAAAAGCUUUUUAUCUCCUGCUCUAUAAUUUGAGUUUUACUUACAUACAGAAGACUCAUGCAGGGUCUAGCAAGCUAUUUGCAGAGCAGGAGAUUAAUUCUAAAUCAAACAGACUUGACAAUAAAGGAAGUGUAAACAUUAGAUGACUCAUUACAGGAAGUGUUUAGAAAGGGUGUGCAAGUCACAUGCAGGGAGAUGUGCCUUGGGCUGCAUAAGCAAAGUGAUUUAACUCCUAAAUGGCAGAGAAUUGAGCAGUGAGGCUGCAGGGGCAUACACCAAAAUGCUUAAUUAAGGUAAAGUUGUUUUGGUUACUAUAGAGUCCCUUUAAUCUAAAAUAUAUAUAAUAUUUUAUCAUUGCCAUGCACUAUUUUGUGGCUGUAGGAUCAUAGGUUUGAGUUGUGACUUACUUUAUUUGUGUAGCAAGAUAGCUUGGUUGGGCCUUGCUGUACUAAUUAAAAGUGGUAGUAACUUCACACUGCAACUCGUGACACUAAUACAAAGCCUUUUUCAGACCUUGACCGUGAACCUUUAGUUUGCAAUUGAAAUCUUCCUAGAAUUUCUUGAAACUUAUCAGCAGCCAUAAACCUGCCCAUAUAUUGUUAGCACAGUUAUUAAUGGGGAUACAACUCUUGACAUAGCAAUGUUCUGACCUUAACACCUAGAUAACAUUAUGUGCUUUGACUAAAACUUGAGGGUGCCCGCGCAAUCCAUCAAUACUGCCAAGGUGAAAUGCCAAGUUCCCAACCAGGCAAUGAAUGUUUCUUCAAUAAUUAUUCACCUGCAUUGCUAAUGUUAUUUAAGACUGAUUGUAAGGUAAAUUGCAUUUUAAGUUUAGCGUUCUAUUACUACCUUCCCUCCCACACAUAAUUUUACUUCUUAGUGCGUCAUGAUUGAAACAUAAUGCAUGAAGGAAUGCAAACAAAAUUAAAUCUGCAUCCUUUGGAUUGACCAAGGUGUGGCUGAACUUUUUCAGCCAAUCUUGGUGCUGCGAUUUUCAAAAGAAGGUCCGUACAUGCAUUAUAUAAAGUCCUACCAAGCAUGGUUUUAUAAGAGAUGUAGUUGAGUAGUGACAAGAAGAGUCAUUUGUGUAUACAUUGAAGGGACACUUUUGUCACAGCACAACUACAGCUUAAUGUAGUUUUUCUGGUGAGUAUAGUCAGUCCAUGCAGGCUUUUGGCUGUAAACACUUUCUUAUCAGAGGAAAUGCAGUGUUAACAUUACAACCUAGGGACCCCUCCAGUGGCCACUCCUCAGAUGGCUACUAGAGGUGCUUCCUGGGGCUGUGAUGUACACCACUGGUAUUCAAUGUCUCCACCCCCAACACAGAGACACUGAACCUUCUUGACAGGUCCACUUUAACCAGUGAACUAAAGCACAGAUUCCUUUAGCAAUGCUUUGGUCAACCACACCAUUAAGCAUUCCUUGGCAUACUAGAUGGUUUGAGCUAUCUGGAGUGUUUUGUAACUGUAAGCACACAUCUGCUCAGAUGAGAAGGGAAGACUAUAUCGGCCUAUCUAAUGUUUUAAAGGCGGAAGAUUUUUAAAUUUUUUUUUUUUUUUGCUAAUCUUACCUCAUUCUCCACAACCAGGCUAAUGCUCCAUAGUCACCCUUUCCUCUCUUUUAUUACACUAGUACAAAGCCUCUUUUUGUUUAGAGCAAUUUAUUAGUUCUCCUGGCAACAGAUGUGCUUAGCGCAGAGCAACUGCGUUACAUAGACUCCAGUGAGGAUUAAAGAAUAAUAAACCAGAACAUGUAAUUACAGAAGACACUUUUUUUUCUCAUUUCAUUUUUAUUUCCAAUUAACCGCUUACACUAGUGGACAAAUAGAAGUUCACAAUACAACACUGUUUUUAAAGAGUCAAUCCAGGAAAAGGCUUAAAACAAAGCAAAAAAAAAAAAAAAAAACACUUGUAAGAAGCUUUACUAUGCAGAAGAAAAUAUUGGUACAUAACUAUCUUACAACCCCCUCCUAGUUUAGUUGUUCUACAAUAUAAAAGUAGUGGCCUUAAUAUUUGAUGGUGGAAGAGCAGAAUGUGUCUUGAGGGCCUCUUAAAGUAGCAUGACUUCCUGGCUUUUGGUACCUGUAUAGCUCUGUAGAGUUACAGGAAAGAUCUUAACCAGGACACAGCAGCAAUUGUCACAUCUGAUCCAGGUAUAGCAACCCUUCCUCAUAGACUGCAUAAUCACAUGCUGAAUAUAAUUGGAAAUUUAGUUUCAAAUUAGUAGUUUACAAACAUUUAAUUCAUCAAUCACUAAUUUAGUCUGCUUACUAUGAAUAUCUUUGUUAAAUAUAUUAACUUGUAAAGUAACUGUGCAUAGCUAACAUAGCACUUCUCCUUAAAACACAUUAAAUGAUAUGGUUUUCACCCUGCAUCAUAGUGUAUUUUCCCACUGAACUGCUUUUCCUCUAAUUGGAAUGAGAUCCUUUGUAAAGAACCCUAACAAAGUAGCGUAUUCAGUACUAAUAAACCCUUGCCAAGCAGAGGUUCAUAGUUUACACAGUUAAACAUGCAGAGUAGGUUUCAUUCAUUAAAAUGUGGUGGAAAUGUUGGUCCAGCUGAUGGCAGUUGCUCUGUGAUGACUUUUAUAGCAUAUGCUCACCCGUAAGUUAGCCCUCUAUCUGUUUUUCCUGUACAUAACCAUUCUUUGGUUUCUUAUAAUAUACCGCCACCAAGCCAGCUCAUUUCGUGCUGUACUAUCACUUUUGGGGUAUUUGUUAGUUUUUGGUUUUUUUGGCCAAAAAACCACAAGAUGACAUGUCGGUGUGGUUGAGUGGGACGCAAUCAAGGGCAGACUAGAUGGGCCGAAUGGUUCUUAUCUGCCGUCACAUUCUAUGUUUCUACCUUAAGCUAUCAUCUUCUUACUGUCAAACUUCUUUGGUUCCUGGUGAGUAUUGACCUCAUUUGCCCGUAGCUGUCCUCGCUAUUGUAAUCUUACACAUGCACGAAAGGACAAAACAUUGUUUGAGGAUCUUAAGAGGCAGCAUGUUGUUCCAUAGAUGAUCACACGUGCACAGUAAAUUGCCAUAGACAUUGUGAGACUGCCUGUUCCCAUCAGCCGUUGACAGAGAGCCAAUGGGAAAUAUGGUGGUGAAAACUCCACCUUUUGUCAAAGACUGAAGAAGACUUGCACUGCAAGUGCACUUACACUGAAAUUUCAAAUAAAUUUCAACAUGCACAAAUAGAUAUUUGUAAGGAUAGUUUUUGUUUUUGUGAAAAUCUCAAGUGACAGACGCUUGCAUUUUCUAUAAAAUUGGUAAUCUCUCAGGCAUUGCAGGGUAAAAGUGUUUCUAGGAGUUGCCGUUAAAGUAACAUUAUAGGGACAGGAACACACAUGUAUUUCUGACCCCACAGUGUUGAAAACAUUGUCUGGCCCCAUCUUGCCCCCCUAAAUAUAGUAUAAUCUUACCUUUAUUCCAAUCUGCUGGUACUGGCUCUUCCAUGAUCUGCCUCCUUGGCUGACAUCAUCAGAAGUGAUGAUCUCAGCCAAUCACAAUGCUCUCCCUUAGCAAAUCAUUGGAUUGGUUGAGAUCAUUAAGUAGGUGUGCCGAUGUGGAGCCAAACACUGCCCUGACCAAUAAGCAUCUCCUCUUAAAGAUUCACAUUGAAUCCGCACUUUUAAACGCAUUAUGCUUAGAAAUAUUCUUAGCUACCUGUGUAAUAUGUAAGUGAUGGUAAGUAAGUCUGUUUUCCAGUUUUAUACUUAUGCAAGAUUUUUUUAUAACUGAUAUAUGGGCUUUAAUAUUGGCCUGUUCUUGCUGAACAAAUGUUCUCUGAAGCAGAUGAAAAAAUUCAAGGCACAUUUGAGAAGUGUCUGUGAAUAAGUGACAGGAGAUACUGCAUGUAGUUAGAUGGAUUUCUCUAGUAUAACAUCUAUACAUUUUCCAGAAGAAUAAGGAACUGCAUCUUCCACUGAACAACUUGCUUUUUUAUUAGCAACUGUAAUUACAUCCUACAUACUCUGGUUGAUUUACAAAGCAUCUUCCAGUGUUCUCUGUAAAAUGUUGUAUGCCUCAUACAACCACAGUAUUCUAAAUGCCCAUAUGGCUCUAUUUUUCGGGGCCUGAUCUAUUGGUUGAGAGGCUGAUUCUUUAAUCUCAUAUAAUCUUUAUUGAUGCAUCCAUAUUUUGAUAAUCUAGCUGCACUAAUCCCUUAACAUAGUUGAUUCUCACUUGGUUAGGCACAGUAAAAUGCUUAAUACAGUAAAACAAGGGGCACAAUAUCAUGCUAAAAUAUCAGAGUAGGCUGAUAUUAAGCAUCUCUGAGAACUAGUCAGCUCAACUGAAAUAAUUAGAUAACAGAUGGUGAAUCUGUUUCCCAUCUUUUGUAGCUCUAUUUGACAUUAAAAUGUCUGAUUUAGUACUGUAUGUAUCUAGCCACAUAUUGACUAUAUGUAUUCAUUAAUGCAGUCAUUAUAUAUUAUUAAUCUUUAAACUGGACACUGCUUCUUAUUGUUUAAAAAAAAAUAAUCACUAACUUCUUUUUUUUUUUUUUCUUGCUGCGUUCCUUUGUUUUGUUUAGAACUAAAAAAAACACCCUUUUAAAAUUGCCUGUAUUCAAAUACCCCAAUGGGGUCUUCUUGGCAGCCUAAACCAACCCCAAGCAUAACGACUUCUGCAGUGAAAUGCUUGACGUAGAAAACAGUAUAGAUGAGGAUAAAGCCUUUAUUUGACAAUACAAUGCCUACUCACAUUGGAUAUCUGGACACGUUGGGUGUAUAUUUUGCUUGCAGACUACAGUUAACAUGGAUUCAAUUGCUGAAUCUAUUUUAGGCAUUUGUCGAACAGCCACUACUGUUGUGAAGAUUGCAAAGAGAAAGCCUCUGUUUCUCAGAAACGUCAUUGUUUUGAACUGUAGGACUGCGGACAGAAUCUGUGUCCAAAUAUCACUUCAUUAGGAUGAAGUAGUUUUGGUGCAUAGACUAACCUGUAACAGUUUUCUUAUAGUAUGGCAUAAAACCAUUACUCGUAUAGCAGUGUGUUACUUAGCAGACUUACCACACACUAAAAUGCCCCUUAUGCAACAUUUACAAUUUUCAAAUGCAAGCCACUUGAAAACCAAUUCAUACCCCUAUGUAUGGGUUACUCCAUGCAUCAUAACUACUACAGCCAGCUGUAGGGGUUAUAUUUGAGCGCUAUCCUGCUGUCAUUCCCCGGCAACGGGGCAAACUGAUUUACAGUUUGUAAGAUUAUGUUCCUGGGUCCCCCUGGUAGCUGAGCCACUUCUUCUCUUACAGGUAUCACGCAAAUAGCUUCUCCAGCAUUGCAGAAACAGGAUGUCUGUCCCACCGGUAAUUCAUUGGCUGAAAACAUCAGCUAAGCACACUUGGCAAAUGAAUAAUAAAUAUGUUGCCUGCUGGCUAAUAACGCUGCUAGAGUUAGUUAUACUUCAGGCAGCAAAGCAUUAAAUAUCUAUCAUAUGCAGCAUUACUUAAUAAAACACUCCACAUACAGACUCCAAGCACCAUGACCACUUCAAAACACUGAGUAAACCUUUGAGCGACAGGACACUUGGGAAAGAAGAAUGUUUAAUUUCUUCAGUCCAAUAUGCCUCCUGUAAAGCAGAUGUUCAUUACUGAUUUCAAGUUGUUUUGCAUUAAGUGAUGAUGCAAUUAAUGUGUGCAUUUAGCAUGAAGUAAUCAUUCAUAUGACUGCAAUAUGGCUCCUUUAAUCCAUAAAUAUGUUACCUUUUCAACUGACUUUAUUUUAUUACUUUCCUGACCUGUGAAACUAAUGGAAAUUUUGACUCCAGUGCUGUUUAUACCCUUUUACAGUGAUUUUCUUUGGCAUCGUAUGAUUCCCACGCAUGGUCCCCCAUCGUGUGCAAUUGUAUGGUUUCUUUAGUUAAGAAGUCAAAUAACAUUUAGAAAUAGUUUUCUCCAUCUACUGGCUGAUAAAGAGUAUUACAAGUGACUUGCUUGCCAUCAAACCAGUGCAUCGAAUGAAGAAAUAAUGUUGGAGUUCAUUUUAGUGGCUUGGGUUUAUUCAAGUCAGAAGUGGCAAUACUAUAGAAACUUCAGUGUGUGAGAAGAAACUGAAAAAAAUAUUAAUUCAAAAUUAUUUUUCCCUCUCCACUCUACCACUAUGGCAAUGCCAGUUUCAUUAAUAAGUAUCUAGAAGUGUGUGUUUUGUUUUCCCCCUAAAAUAAAUAAAUAAAAAUUUAUGGUGAAUAAAAUGGCUUAUUUUUUACAUAUCUUAACUGAUAUUACACCAUUUUAGUUCUUGAUGUCAUAUGGAGUAUCAGUGGUAUUGUGUGGAUUAAUUUUUGUGUUCAUAUAUAAUACAUGAUUCACAGAUAGCCUCAAGCCUAGUUGUGGAUUGCAACAUGAUGCUGUAUAUCUGCAGCUUCAUAGUUAUCCAUCAUUGGUUUGUAAGAUUAUGUUCAUCUCAGACCGUGAUGUAUUGCUUUGAUGGAAAUGUCAGUAAAAGAUUUCCCAGAGCAGACAUUGUAGUUAUGGUCAGUCUGUUCUAGUGUAUCCAAGCAGACACUAUGGUGUUUGACUUCUGUUUAUCUUUGUUUGCCACUUGUGUAAACGAAGUCUGGUUUGUAGAUUUGUCUUGGCAGGCAGAUCUGAUUGCAAGAGUGUCUUCAAUAUACAAAUGCAUGUAAGGUCUUUCCUAGAUAAAUAUUGCUUGUAAUAUUGAUAUUGCAUUUAAAAAGGCCUACCAUAUGGCAGAGGUAACUUUUUUGUGUGCCCAUAUACAAUAUAUUUCUAAUACAGUACUCUUCUUUGAGAAAGCUAAACAUUUACUCUGAAGACCUCUCGGCUUAACUUCCUAGUGCUGAAGGAGAGGACAACGAUAGGUUUAGCAACAAAAUGACUUGUCAUCUGUCAUAUAUCAUAAGCCACUCACAUUAAAGGGAUACUAUAGUCACCAGGACCACUGCAACUUAAUGUCGUGGUUCUGGUGUCUAUAUAGCAAGUACCUGCAGGCUUUUCAAUGUAAACACGGACUUUUCAGAGACAAAACAUUGUCUAAAAGAAAGUUUAAACACCUUUUAACUCCACUCUGAGGGGGUGCAGGAACCUAAACUUCUACUCCAGCACUAUUGUGUUAGGAAUACUGGUUUGUAUUUCUAACACUAUAGUUUUCAUUUAUACAAAUUAUUGCACAUUUUUACAAUGCCAGCUGUGGUAAGGAUAUUAAAUGGCAAGGAUUAAACCUAAUAUGAAAGCAUUGAUAUAUUCCAUUUCAUACCGUGUGGGUUUUAUUUCAGAGUAAAUGCAUGGUGUCUCCAUGUACCCAUAAAUCGCAAGUGUCCCCAGAUGUAUAAUUGUUAGAAUACUAAAAAUAUAUAUUUAUACUGUUAUUUUGGCAUCUAAAACUAAUGAAACUCUAUGAAAUAGAUGACUCAUAGUACUCUUUUGGGGUUCAAUGAUUCAUGUGAUUUGUCAGCUAAGGAAAGCCAUAAUAUUCACAUACUGGUAGUUCUUGGGAAUAUGCAUGUACAUUGCAAGGAGAUAAACUAACUAACCUCUGAGGAAUCUACCUUAUGGUGCAAGACUAAAACACAUCUGAUGUACAACAAAUAAUAAAAUGUUGUGAAUAAGCAUGUAAAGUUCAGAACCAGUGAUUUGCAAUGAGAAUGCAUGAGUACUCCCUUUAAGGUGAACUACUUUAAUUGGUCACUUAAUUUUAGUAUCUCAGAUGGCGAGAUGGGUGGUCUUGAGAGUGCCAUCUAUACGAAAUUCGUAGACUUACAAAUUAAUUAGGAGCUAAAUAGUGAGAGCGUUUGAUUAACGUGGCUAUUUUGAAAUAUUUACAUUUAAAAAAAAAAAACAUAAAAAGAAUGGAGGUUUUAACCUCCGAACAGUAUGGAGCAUUUGUCUACAGGGGCUUUAUAUUCAGUUUUCAAGUGAAUAAGCAUGUAAAGUGAUGUGGAUGAGGUGGUUUUUAAAUAGGUUGUCUGCUCAGAAUUAGUAACUCUAAAAAUCUUUACGUUGCUAAUCUAAUUUGGUGAUCAGUGGCUCAUAUUGCUUAUACACCCCCUUAGUGCAAUAAUGAAAACCUUCUAUUAUCCAUUCUUUCAUGUUUUUUUGGAUACACAACAUGCAAAGUGUGUUUGUGUUGCCAAUUUCUUGUAAUACCCUCAUUGCUAAAUCAUAAAUCCAAAAGUAGUUAUAUAUAACUGUCAAAUAUAGCAAAAGACAUAUUUGGUAAAAUUGUUAAUUCAUAGGGGCUACUCCCAAGAGUGUUUACAGCUUGGCACACUUUCCCUAACUACUUUUUACAUUUGUCAGUGUGAAUUGUCAUUACCUGUAGCUGAAUAUCUACAGUGUGAUAUGUUUCAGACUGACAGGCAAUUUUAUAUCUGAACAACUAGCAUUCAAGCUCCCUUUUAAUUAAUUUCAGGCAAUUCUUUUGGUAGACUGUACAGUCUGGUACCAAUUAGGAUCAGUCUAACUGUAAAGUCCAACUCGAACCCUAACCUGCGAUCUGUAAGGUAAGGGAAAAGUAAUCUCUCCCCACAUACAUAGCCUUUGUCAGUCUACUGUACUGCAUUUGUACCUGAACAAGUGACUUUCUAGUGCAGGGGUAGGCAACCUUUUAGCAGCACUGUGACGAUAUAGGAUUGUGAUGUCCUAUAGCGUGCCCGUCCUAUUUUUUUUUUUUUUUUUUUAAUUGAGGUCUGUAUGCUGCCGUUUUCUGCUUAUUUUCACUGUAAUUGCUUUGUAUCUUUAUAUUUGUGCGUAUAUGAGCUAUUAUAUUGUAUAUGUUCAUUAGUAGUUUGUGGUAUCGUGUAUGAUACAUAUGAAUGUGGGCUGUGGAUGGGGGCUGCUUAUGGAAUUGUGUGUGUGAAUGGAUAUGUCACAUUUUGUGUUUGGUAGUGUGUGUAUGUGUGGGGGCUGUUUGGGGUAUUCGCAUGUAUGCGAAUUGUUAGCGGGUUACGUUAGUGGGGAUUGUGUGUAUGUUUGCUUGUGGGCUGUUCGUAUUAUUUGUAUGAGGGGAGGGUUGGUGUGCAUUUCUGUGUAUAUUUAGCAGUGUGGGUGGCUUCCCUGGGGUCCAGUAGGGACCAGGCCGGCCAGGUACAGGUCAAGGACAGGAGCUGCAACAGCAGCUGCGGGCUGCUCUACUCCAGUGUGGAUUCUUAUUUACAGGUGCUUGGAGGAAGUGAUAGUUAUCUGAGAUCACUUCCUCUAUGUGCAGCAAUGCAUAAAUUUAGGAUUGUCCUUCACCACCUUUUCGUAUUAGCAGAUAUCUGAAGUUUUACUGGGACUCCUGAUAGGUCAGAGCCUGUUUGGCUGUAGCAGCCUUGAGUGCCGUGCAAAGACACCUUGAGUGCCGUGCAUGGCACUAGUGCCGUAGGUGCCUACUCCUGUUCUAGUGGUUUAACUUAAAGGAACACUAUAGGGUCAGGAACACAAACGUGUAUUCCUGAUCCUAUAAUGUAAAGCCACCAUUUCACUAGUUUCUAAACCUCAUAUGAGCUAGCUACCUUUUAGUCAUUUUCCCUUUAGUUCAUUUAUUAUGAAUCCCUUAUGCAUGGAAAGAACAUCUCCACUUUUCUUAUUACGGUUUAAUACUUUUUUUUAUCUUUUCCUCAUGUGUUGAGAUGCUGUUAAAUGCCCAUUAGGUGGUGCCAGUUUCCUGCUGUAUGUAUCUGUAACUUGUGUGGAAUACAGUUACUGAGUCAUAUAGCUAUUGGUGCAUAAGCCUGUUUGCAAUGUAUCUGUGCAAAUCAUCUUUUUGGGAUUGUUUUUUAAAAGAUUGAGUCCUCACUCAGACCUUUAUAAGCGGAAGAAAUAUGAAAUUGAUGAAAAGGUGAGGCUAUCCUUUUGGGGCAUUUGGGGCUAUAGAAUACAUUUUUCUGUCAUUAUGUAAAGGGAUAUUUUGUAUUUCAUUUUUUCUGAAAGAGUAAUUAAUACAGGAACAACUGGCUCAUUGUUUUAAACAUGUUAUGGACCAUAUUUUCACUGUGAACUCAAUGAGAGUUUGAAACAAUCAUCUGGGAUUUAUUUUUCUCAUGAUGACUUCACUUGCCUGGCAUUGGUUCUAGAUUGCCCUUGUUGGUGAUACCAGCCUGAUGAUGGCAGUAAGAACUCAAACCUAUAUCAGGACCAGUAAGUGGAUGAGGUUUCUGGGCCUACUUUACUCACUGGGAGUGAUGUGCACAUCCUAUUAAUUCCAUCAGAAAUAAAGUCCGUAUAAAAUGACACUGUGCACCAAGGCAGUUCACUUCAUACAUGUACCUGAUAAGUGUUCUCUGGAACUAUUCCCAGCAUAGCAUUUGGCUUGUUCUGUGUAUUUUACGCUAAUAGUUCUGGUACUAUUUGCCAGAUUCUAAACCAUCUUAAAGGCAAAUAUGCAAUCAAUACCAAGACUGCAUACAUCUACAGUUUGUUUCCCAGUUUAUAAACUACAUUUUCUAAAUUACUCUUCAUUCAUAUUUUAAACUAGAUUUAGUAAAUUGAAUCUAUUUACUUUAUGGCCUUUGUUAUAAAUGAGGAUUAUAGUAACUAUGCAGCAAUGUUAAAGGAAGGAUGCCACUAUUUGGCCAUGAUUUAGGUGUACUGCUCCAGGAAUCUGCAGAGGAGGUGCUGUGACAGAACAGCCUGGCAUAUGAUGCACAUAGUGAUCAACGGUUAAGCUAGCACAAAUGGUCAAAGUACCUUCCAAUUACACUUUACAGUAUUGAGUUUUCCAAAGUCCUGUUAUUUACUCAUUUUUUAGAAUUGUCAUAGAUUCCCUUUUCUAUGAUAUAACCUUUCCAAAUGGGGUUCCAUAUAGUCAUGGAAAGAUCAAAGUUGGGAAACACAUCAUUGCCAUUACUAAUGUGAAUGCGUUUGCUAUUGCACAAGUGCAGAUUCUGCAUAAGCAAAUGACAGGCUGAUCACUAGUGUCUGGAUUAUCACCUGUCUUGGUCAGGCCACUUGAAUGGUCUGACAAAACCAGGGCACUGCGCCCAUAGCCUACUAUGACUCUAAACACACGACCACAACAGUGGGCAGUAUGACUUGUGUUGCUUGGACUGUCACUUUAAAUUAGUUUUGCCUCCAUUUUUUUCUCUUUUUUUUUUUUGCAAACUGCUGCAGUUUUACUUACUGCAUACAGGGAGAUGAGCAUUGGGCCUCCUUGUACUGUAAUGUGUGCAAAGAGCAUAAGUUACUGUACAUGCUGUCUGCAUUUAGUGGUUUUAUAGUUUCACUCUACUGUGAUUUAAAUUGAAAGCAUCCAGUGCUGCUGUUACAUUGUGAUUGAAACCCCUAACAUUCAGUGCUGCUGUGUUACUGUGAUUUAAAAUGAAAGCGUACAGUGCUGCUCUACUAGUGUUAUUUCAACUUAAAGCAUUUAGUGCUGCUCUGCAAUCCUAGCAGAGGUUUGCCACUCAUGGCAUAUAACCAAGGCCAUUAGAAAGGUUUACUAGGCCUGUUUGAUUAUGAUCGACAUCAAAGGUAUUCUCAAGGAGAUCAGCCUGGGAACAGGGGGAGGGGCAGAUGGGCAGCAAUAUAAACGACUGCUCAGAGGUUCUAUCUUGACCGUGAUUAAACUUUACUGACAUAAGUAGCCUGAUUUCAAUGAGUCAUUGUUCUAAGAUAUUGACAUUACAAAGGGCACGUACUACCAAUAGAGUAAGGGGAAAUGUAAGAUACAAUAUUUUAUGCAAGGCGGAGCCUGCAUGAUUCCAUAUCUCCCUAAAUUGCUGUCCUAUAUGCAAUUGAAAGAUUAGCUCUUAGAGCCACUGACUUGGAAAGCACUUGAAUAGUGCAUUUUUUUGUGCACAGAUUGAGAGCAGGGGGAGCCUGAAUCCCAUUAUAAGCUCCUUGACUGGCCCUGGACUUGGCAGAACUGCACAGAACAAAGAGCUUCCACUGCUCUAUUGAAUAGCUUCUCCCGGCUUGAGGCAGAGCGUUUUUAUUAACAGGUGAAGAGAUGGAGAGAACGGAGAGCACCCCAGACACCACCACUGCCUUCAACAUGCCAGACUGGAUGGUAAGAAGAGAGCCUUCUACUGUCUUACAGAUGAGAUGCAUACAUUAGUGUAUGUGAGAAUACAAUACUGAGUCAGAACACUUAAUACCAAUUACAGCUUGCAUAUAGCUCAUCCACCAUGGUGCACCAGUUUGUACCAAAAUCUACAAACAAGUAUUUUGUGGCUCAUUGAUUUUAUAUAAUCUUGUUUUGUGGCCUGGUGAUUCUUCUUAAUAAUACUUUACCUACAAAAUUUGUUUAUGAACGAUAGGCGUAAUGUUUAUAUUUUAAGCGAUGGGUGAGCCAAUUAACAAUCAAACGUAGGCAGAGAAGCAUGUGUGCUACAUGACACUUUUACUUUAAAUUUAGAUAUUCUGCAGGUUCAUUUUGUUGGUUGCAACUGCAAGGAUUGUUCGGCAGCAAAUGCGGUUUGUUUUUUUGGGGUUUAUUUUUAAGUUUUUACGAAUGCCUGCAAAUUAUUUCAACUCAUUUAAAAUGCGCUUUGUAUUCUUUGUAAUGUAAAUAUAUAUGUAUAUUCAUUGUCUGAACUUCAACUUCAUCAGUUCCCCUACAAAUCACACUUUGGUAAAUAAUGGCCCCAGUCAUUACUGUUACUUUUAUUUACUUAUUUAGCACCGGUUUUCCUCUAUCGGCAAGGUCUGAUGCAAAAAUGCAAACUAUUCAAAACCUUUUUUUCCAGUGUUCCUUAGCAGUGGAAAAAAAGUACUUAAGAUCAAAACAGAGUAAAGUGGAUUAGGAGGCGUUCUUAGGAGAGUUGGAGAACUUGCAAUGGAAUGUGAAAGACAAAGGGCAUAGAUAUAGAGUGUACAGACAGGUAUGACUAUACAUAGUCUUCAGAAGUUAAUAAGGACUGUCGGCUCAGUAUAAUAGAAGGCAAGCGUUUAAGCAUUUGGCGGUGUACAAUUUUGAAGAAUUUAGAAUCUAUGUUGGUGCCUAGAUGCCAGCUUGAGAUACUAACACAUCUAGAUCAGUAAGGAUUAUUUUAAAAAGGCCAUCGUAUUAAAACGUAACGCCCCCUCCCCCCAUGUGUACAAGUUAGUUUUUGUGCACAACAAUUACUAUUGUAUAUUUUAAUUGUGUUUUCUCAUAUUUUAGUUAAAUCUUCAACUAUAGCUUGAGACUGCACAAAUUCACUGCCCUUUUGUAGACUACACAGGUUUGCUGGCCUAGUCAACUGGGGCAAGUGUUGAGAUCAUUCAUAAGGACUAAUUCUGCCUUAUUUACCAGUAAUUCUUUUAAUUAUUGCCAGUUAUUUUUUUUUAUUGGGUUUUGUGAUUUACAGCAGCAACACUAGAUCAGUUAUUAAAGGACCACUAUAGUGCCAGGAAAACAUAAUCGUUUUCCUGGCACUAUAGUGCCCUGAGGGUGUCCCCACCCUCAGGGAUCCCCUCCCGCCCGGCUCUGGAAGGGGAAAAGGGGAAAACUUACCUUUUUCCAGCGCUGGGCUGAGAGCUCUCCUCCUCCGAUCCUCCUCUUCUCCUCCCCGUCGGCUGAAUGCGCACACGCGGCAAGAGCUGCGCGCGCAUUCAGCCGGUCACAUAGGAAAGCAUUCAUAAUGUUUUCCUAUGGACGCUGGCGUGCUCUCACUGUGAAAAUCACAGUGAGAAGCACGCAAGCGCCUCUAGCGGCUGUCAAUGAGACAGCUGCUAGAGGAAAUAGGGGAAGGCUUAACCCAUUCAUAAACAUAGCAGUUUCUCUGAAACUAUGUUUAUGAAAAAAUGGGUUAACCCUAGAAGGACCAGGCAUCCAGACCACUUCAUUAAGCUGAAGUGGUCUGGGUGCCUAGAGUGGUCCUUUAAUGACUUGUACACCUACAGACCGGAUCACAUUUCCUCCGUUAUUCUGAGUUUCCAAUCAUAGUAAACUGGUGAUACAUUGUGUGUGUCUGAAAGGUAAUUAUUUGGUGGCUGGCAUUGAACACAUGCUUGUCCUGGAUUAUAUUUAGAUUGCUUAAAAACUAGGGAAAACGCUAAAAGUUUAUACUUUAGCCAUAUGCUUUUAUCUACCUUGAGGUCUGUAUGUCUAGGAGAUUGUUAAAGAGAACUGUCACUUCUGGAAAUUACAACCGUGAAUAAAACAUUGAAUAUUGUCUAUAACUUUUUUUUUUUUUUUUCCUGAGAUGCUUAAUUUUCCUUUGCAUUAUGAAAUAUUUAGCAAAUGGCACCACCGUCCAGUUCAGUCCAGGCACACGUUGCAAACGAUGAGGGAAAAUUUUUUGUACACUUGAUUCUGACUGCCCUUUGCAAAGGACAGAGCCUUUAACAGUGGCUGAAAGGGAGCCAAAAUGAGACUACAGAGUUGCAGGAUAAAGAGAUGUGGAUUUCUACGUUUUAAUUUUAUUUUUCUCACUUUAAAAAAAAAAAAAUAUUUUUAAAAUUCUUUUUUUUUUUUUUCAUUCGAUUUUCUUAAACCGAGGUAGGGUGAAUUACUAUAUAGGCAGAUAUCAGCCUUGCAUACAAUAUUUAUUGCUCUCUUGGUGUAUCUAUGGAGAUCAAUGCCCAUUCCUUUUAUAGUAGACUGAACUCACAUCUAAAAUAGAUGAUUCAAGUCGUUCGUAAUCUUACCCAAUAAUAGAUAUGUAGUUACCCCAAUAAUUUCCUUCAACCUUGUUUAGUGUCAGAUCAUUUAUUUUGAAUCAGAUGAGUCAUUCAGGCUCCAGGAUUCUAAUCCAGCAGAGUAAAGGCUUUCUAGAGGGUACAGUACAGUAUAGGCUUGAGUUAUAAUAAUUGUAACAAUUCUCCUACACAAGUAUGCUCUUCCUGCCAAUGUUGUCACAGUUUACAUAGACUGUGUGAAGGCUGCAAUUAAUCCAGUUCUUUAGCUUGAUAAUAGUACAGAUUGCACAUUUUAUUUUUAAAAGCACACUGCUGUUUGUAGUGGGUUCAGGAUACAGGUAUGCUUUUCUACACAAUACUGUUUUGGGUUUUUGGGGGGGGGCGUUUCAGUUGUAAAAAAACAAAAACAAAUUGGAAUACAGAUAGCACGUCUUUUAAAAAAAAACAAAAAAAAAAAAAAAAUUUUUAUAAAUACUUUUGACAGUUUUUGUUCUUGUUGCCUAAAAACGCUUAUUGUUGAGUGAUAGAGUUCCUAAUUAAUGAAAAUGUUAUAGAAUAAUCAGAAGUGCAAUGUCCUCCAUAAUAAAUACUUAUUGUGUUCUAUUUUGGAUGCAAUCAUUGGCAAAAACUCAUUUCAUGGCCUGAAGUAUGACAAUCAGUUUACCCGAUGCUCAUGUUGCUUUGAGUCUUAGAAAUACUCUUAUAAUGGAUCUCUGACAAUUCCAGUGUGAUUCCAUUUUUUUUUUUAAAUUAGUAUUGUUAUGUGAAUGCUGUUGGCCAAUGUGUGAAUGUUUACCUGGGGAAUUUGUAUAUUUGCAUAUGAUAGCUAGGGCAAGCAAUUCUUUUGGAUGCUUUUAUUCUUGGGUUUACAUUUCCUUACCUUUCUGCAACAUUUUAUAGAGUCUGUUCUUAUUGAUCAAUACCCACUUUCCUGUUAGGUCCUAUGUGUUUUGAGGCUUAAGUUGAAAGUCUUGUUAAAGGUUAGUCCUGUUGUUGAAGAAAGUAUUGUGGGUGCUCUUGCUUUCCUAUAACAGUGUGAUCUCUAGUUAUUCAGGGGCUGUUAGUCUGUGAGUCUGAGAGCUUGUUGGCAAAAAGUGUAAUAACUUGGGCCUGUGAGCCAAAAUGCAACUUUUUAAAGACAGCAUUUAGAAAUGUUUUCACAGAGCGGAUGAUACCUUGCCAUUAAGAGGUAUUAGGCAGAGGGCACAAUACCUACCAGACCUGUUGCCAGUAAUGACAGACAAUGUAAAGGGACAAGUGUGGCUCUUCUUAUUUAGAUAUUUGGGGAGAUUCCUCAUCUUGUGAGCACUAAAGGAACAGCAGACCACCAAGGGGACUCCCUCUUCAUAAGCAAAGACUUCCUGAAACUCUGCACACUGCUGUAGUAAAAGGCUUACAUUGAGUAAAUCUCCACAACCUGGCAGCAGCUCUGUGUACAUUGCUACUUGAGAAUCACCACAUCACUUAAUGUGGUGUAAUUGUCUUCUCUAACACUCUUUGACAUACCUGUACUAGGGUACUACAUAACAGUAUUUAGUAUCUUUAGACAUUGCCGAGGGAUAUAACCAAAUUGGGAAUCAUCUGGAAAUAUUUGUAAUCCUUCUGUUUGCUGAAAAUAGAUUUAAAUUAGAAAUGUCCACAUAUGUAUCCUCCUUCUCACCCAGUUGGUUGUUACAAACUCUGUCCUUUGCUCUUGACAUUCAGCCUAGACCCAGCAGGCACUUUGACACUCCACCUAUUGUGGACUUCAUCUCUCAUAAUGCUCUUACAGUCUUUAAUGCUGGCAAAGCUUCAGGGGUAAUGCAGUCCUCCGCAAAUAGUGCCAAAGGUUUGCCAAAGUAGACAACCUUCAGGUACUCCAGACAUUGUGGACUACAUCUUCCAUAAUGCCUUAUAGCCAUCAUGCUGGCAAAUCAUUACCAGAGAUGUAGGACACAACACCUGGAGUACCAAAGUAGCUCUAGAGAAAAGCAUACAGAGACGUGUAGAAGUUGUCUGCCCUGGUUUUGCCUUGUCUGAACAAGCUUAUGAUGUAAUUUGCUAGGGACACUGUAGUCACUAGCACAACUGCAGCUUAAUGUGGUUCUGGUGUGUAUAGUAUGUCCCCGAACCCUUUUUAAUGUAAAUACUGCCUUUUUAGAGAAAAGGCAGUGUUUCCCAUUAAAGAUGUCCCUAGAGAGCAAUGUGGUCACCAAGACAGCCCUAGAGGUAGUGAUGUCGCGAACUUGCCGCGAACGGUUCGCUGCGAACUCCGGUCAGCUGACACAUCCCUGCCAAUCUCCGGCAGACCCUCCCACCUCCUGGACAGCAUCCAUGUUGAAGCUUCCUUCAACAUGGAUGCUGUCCAGGAGGUGGGAGGGUCUGCCGGAGAUUGGCAGGGAUGUGUCAGCUGACCGGAGUUCGUGGCGAACCGUUCGCGACAUCACUACCUAGAGGUGCUACCUGGGUCAGUGUUGCACAGUGUGCAGCCCUGACAUUCAGCUUCUACAUGCUCCCCAUACAGAGAUGCACUGGUUUAAUGUGUCUGUAUGAGAAGAUGCUGAAUGUUAUAGCAUGGCAUUUUGUUGGGCGUGCACAAUAUCUCAGCCAAGAAGGUGGAGCGGGGGCAAGGCCAGCUGCGAGGAGACCCAUGCGGCGCAGGAGAUAAGGCGAGUAAUCUCACCUUUUUAAAGGCAGAAAAAGGGUAUCAGGGGCCUAUUAGUAAUCUUGAAAUUAGUAUCACUAUAGUGUUCCUUUAAGAUAAAUUUUAAAAGAAAAUGGAUCAUCUCAUGAAAACGGAAAAAACAAGGUAUAGGAAAAUUUUAUUUAAGUUACAGUUCCCUAUUAAUAGAAAAAAGCACUUUCUGUCACUCAACAUGAAAGCACCAUGAAAAAUGUCUUCUGUUCAAGACUGCCUUGCUAGCAUACAUUUUUGUAGGUGUAGUAAAAUGGAUAAAAGUUCACAGGGGUGGUUUAUGGUGGUUGGAGUGUUUCGUUAAUCAGUAGGAUAUGAAACCAUAUACUAACUAUUGACUUGUUAUUCACAUCAUUUUAAAUGAACACUCCCGUGCAUAUAUUUAUCACUAGUUUUAUAAUGUAUACAAGUAAUUCAUUAAAAUAUAUUAAGACUCCUAUGAGUGAAUGCUUAUCUCCCUGACUUUCCAUUAACUUAAACAGAAGGAUUAAUAAGCAUGCAUGAAUAUGGGUGCAAGACGUAUUUUUCAUAUCGAGAUCCAUUAUAAAAUGUUAAAUGUGAAGCUGUAUUUGCAAAGAAAAUGCAUCUGUCGUGCAAAAAAAAAAAAAAGUUGGCUUUGCAUUAUUCUGUCAACUGCUGCCUUGCACCUUGGCUUUCUGAAAUGUCCCUUUAAAACCUGACUUAACAGUUAUUUUCAGUGUAUCAUCUGGUUUAAACUGGUGACUGGAUUGCCAGUCUUUAAAUCCGUUUUGUUUGCAAUCACAGCUUAUCCAAUGAAAAACCACACGUAAUGAAGAGAGAAUCUGCUUUUGUGAAACUUUACAUGCACCUGGGACGGGCAUCUCGAAUAUGUUCUCUGGGACGGUUUUAUACCUUCAAAAUCUUAGCAAACGAGUGGAAUGCAUUUUAUUUUACCUUCUACCUUGCAAAAAGGUGGCAGGGAGCUGGGGUUCUGUUGGUGGUUUUAUUUAUUUUCAUUGACCAGUACUAGUUCGAUUAAAGCGUUACCUCAACCACCAUGACCACAUCAGUGAUUUGAAGUGGUUGUAGGAGUAAGAAUAUACAGCAUUUCAAGCAGAAACAGACUAAAAGUGUUUUGUUGAUUUUGUUUUUAAAUUUUAUUCAUUUUUUUUUCUCCUUGUUGAAGAAUAGACUACCAUGCUAUGUAAUGCAAAAUAUUUUGGUCACUCUAAAAAAAUAAAAAAAUAAAAAUUAUAACUGUCUGUGUAUAUUUAUACACUUAAUCUAAAUGUUUUGUUUGUGUUCCUUAUUCUUUUUAGGAUAUUGUAGCUUGAUCCUUUUUCAAUAUAGUCAUCAAUUCAAAAGGGGGGUGGGGGGUGCACAGGCAAUCUGCACAGGCAAUCUCAGCCUGCCAAUUGAAUGCUUCAUUAAAUCUAGUAUAUUGUACUACCACAGGAUCUGGUUUUGGUAUGCUUUGCAUGGGGACACUGGAAACCUAAUAUAUUCAGUUAUCAAAUAUAUUCUAGUCCGGGGGUAGGCAACCUACGGCACUCAAGGCUGCUAGAGCCAAAUGCACUCUGGCCUAUCAGGAGUUCCAGUAAAACUUCAGAUAUCUGCCAAUACGAAGAGGUGGUGAAGGACAAUCCUCAAUUUAUGCAUUGCAGCACACAGAGGAAGUGAUCUCUGAUCACUUCCUCCCAGCACUUGUGAAUGGGAAUCCACACUGUAGUAGAGCAGCCCUCGACAGCUAUCACAGCUCCUGGUCCCCACUGGAACCCAGGGAAUCCACCCACACUGCUAGAUAUACAAAGAAAUGCAGAACAACCCUCCCCUCAUACAAAUAAUAUGAACAGCCAACACACAACACACAAUCCCCACAAACGCAACACCACUAACAAUCCACAUACAUUCACACAACCCCACAUGCAGCCUCUCACAUGCAAUACCCCAAACAGCCCCCACACACUACCAAACAUACAAUGUGACAUAUCCAUCCACACACACAUUUCCACAAGCAGCCCCCAUACACAGCCCACAUUCAUAUGUAUCCUACACGAUACCGUAAACUACUAACGAACAUAUACCAUAUAAUAGCUCAUAUACGCACAAAUACAAUACAAAGCAAUUACAGUAAAAAUAACACAAGCAGAACAUGGCAGCAUACACAACUCAAUUUAAAAAAAAUAGGAUCAGCCCGCUACGGGACUUCACAAUCCUAUAUAGGCACAGUGCUGCUAAAAGGUUGCCUACCCCUGGUCUAGUCAGUUGCAGGGGCAGCAUCAAUCUCCCAAAUGACUUUGUUACAAUGAACCAGUUUUGAUACGUAGACUGUCCCUUUAAGAAUCACAAUACAAUGAUUCACAUGCUCUGAUGCAGUCUGAAAUUUGAGGAUUUAUGGUAAUGUCCUGCUUAAACGGCUUUUCUUUUUUCAAACCAUUAUUGAAACACAACCAUUGAUAUUUUCAAAUUGCUAUGUAUUUUGUUCCUGUCUUUGAAGCUUUUCAAACCACACCAAAUGUCUGAGUGUUGUAAUGGACACUGCAAACAGCCAGGUUCAGUAGAACUUGCUUUAAUGGUAAUUUCUAUAUCUAAAUGUGUGUACAUUAGAUGAUUUGCCUCGUUGCAUGUGUUAAAAUAGUUGUUUUAGUUUUUAAUACAAAAGUGAAGUGUAUCCUUUGUAAAUUAAUAACUAAGCUGUACUCAUCAGAAAUUCCAAAUCGAUUGCUGUAAAACAGAUUAAGGCAGGCAGCUGCAAUUUAUCUCUUUUAUAGAUUUCUGUAAGUUUCCUCUGGGAUUGUGUAACUACUUGCAAAUCUGUAAAACUUUUAACUCUCAAACUGAGAUAGAAAAGGUAGAAAGGGAAUUGAAUGGAAUCUUACUGUGCCUCCAUAUUGUUAAAAUACUAACGCAGAUAUAAUACAUUAUUCAGAUUGCAUUUACAAUACUAAAUUCUGAUGUUUAAAAGUCACUUACAGACUCCGUAGAGCCUUUUUUAAUUACAUUUUUUAGCGGUUUGUGUGCGAGUCUGUAAUAUAUUUGUUUUGGUUUUUUAAAUUCUUUAUUUUUUUGAGGCAUGUGAUUAUGGUGGUACAGAAAAAAGAGAGGGAGACUUGCAAGAGUUGUACAGAUUAGGGUCAUCGUAACAGAUUACAGAAUUCUCCUAGGAUUGUCAACCUCAUUUUAUAUUAUAUUAACAAGCUUAAACCAUAGAUAGAUAUCAGGUAGGGUAUUUGCUAGGCAAUGCACAUUUUUAUAAAAUAGGUACAUAGAUAAGGCUAUAUGCAGGCACUAUAUUCAGUUUUCGCUUUUUACUGGAUACAUGCUUUAAGUACUUGCACAAUUGGUAUGUUUAAGUGAUAGGAAUAGCAUGCUUCAACAUAGUGGGCAGAGAAGCUAAUUUAUAUCAAACACAUCCCAUUGUGAUUUGUAGUUAAUAGAGCAGUAGGCUAUGAUGCACUAGCAGUGAGAAAUAGUGAAGACUAGGCUAGACGUGUAUAUCACAGUGGGGGUUGUACUUAAGUUUCAAGCUGUAUGGCUUUGCUCUAAAUAAUAAACAUUUGUACUUCACUAACUAGGUUAAACAUAACCCUGCACUUUGCAAGUAUUAGGAACUGCUAACAAGGGGGUAAACGUAGCAAUAUUUAUGUAGAUUGAAAAACCAAGCUGGUGAACUCCGCUCGGGUUCCGCCGGUAGUCCCUCACGUUCCACGGGUCCUACCCGCCGGAGGCAAUAGACUGUCAGGCAUGCUGAGUCUUCCGGGCCUGUGGUUUCCUCGCCUCCGACCCGGGUGGAGAGAUAGUGAGGGAGGAUCUGGCAUAUACCACGCCGCCGGCCCCGGGCUCCACAUGAGCCGACCAUCUGUGCCCACGGUUCCGGUUCCAUGGCUGGCCGGUAACGGGAUGACUGGUAAGUGUGGUGAGUCCAGGUGUUGGGCUUUGGUAUGAGGAGUGCCCUCAGGGGCUCAAGGCCCAGGAAGGCCGUCGUGGAGGCCAGAUCCAAGCCUGGGGUGAGGUGUGAUGGGGGUGCCCUCCAGUGUUGUCCCGAGUCGGGGGCGAAUGCUUCCAGUCGCAGUGCUGCCCGGAGAUGGAGAGUGUAGUUGGGCUUUGAGGCCGUCAUCUUGCAGGCAGGGCUCACUUGUUCCAGCGCCUCGUGUUUCGCUGGGGAGUUUGUGGAGGGUCGGCUCCCGCCAGUGGAGACCGGGAUAACCCCCCCGGUCCAAGGGGGGGAGCGGGGCCUGUGAGGCACGUCACAGGGUCUUGGCUCGGUGAUCAGGUUUGCCGGCAGGGCGGCGGCCGUCCGCCCCUCGGUUCACCCGUGCAGGCCGCAGGUCCCGAAGUCUCGUGCCACAUGGUCCCCGAAACUCCCGAUCUCGGAGUCCGCUGCGGCGCCCGCCAGUUCCCGUGCACAUUAGUGGUUUUCUUCUCCCAGUUGUCUGUGGUGAGGCCAUUAUUUCUUCCGUUUUAGGUUAGAAUCAGCAGGAGCCCCUGUAGCAUGCGACCGGACAGCAUGGCGGUCAGGCCCCGCCCCCCAAUAUAUUUGUUUUAACUUGCUCAUAAACAAAGUAUUUUUGCAGAUGAGCUCAAAGCAGGGCAGCCAGUAGCCUUAUUCAGGGACAGUUUUUAAAUAUAUAUAAUCUCUUAUAAAAUGUUUUUUAUUUUUAUUUAUUUUUUUAUUUAUUUUUUUAUUUAACCUUAAAUCCAACGCCAGACAAAGCUCUCCUUGCACCUUUUCACUCCGUCCGAACAUCAUGCCGCAUCACUCCUUUCCCCUACAGUUCAGUUAAAUGCAUAUGAUAGAGAAGGAAUUGAUUGGACUGUUUUCACUGCUCAGAGUGCAUGCACACACUAAGCUAGGAUGGGAGGGAGUGAAGGGUGGACAAAAAGAGGAUUUAAAGGAACACUAUAGGGUCAUGAACACUAUAGAGAUAAAAUCAGUGGAGCAUCCGACAAAAUAAUUGUUAAAGGCAUUUGCUACAUCUAAGGGAAGUUGUAGGGUUUGGUUAUCCACUUUGACAGUGGAGGUUGGGGGUGGAUUGGGGGAGUUUGUAAUUUAUUUGUGACUUUCCAAAGGUUUCCAGGGUUUGACAGGCUAUUGUUGAGAUCUUCACAUAAAUAUUGGGCCUUGGCCAAUUUUGUUUGUUUUGUGCAUAUAUUUCGCCCUUGUAUAUAUGCACAGUGAUCAUUCAUAGAGCCAGUACACUUGAAGUUUGACCACAAAGAAUCCCAAACUGGUACAUUUGGAUGAGGUCAGCUGUGAUCCAGUACAUAUGUGCUCCUUUUACUCUCACCUUUUGGGGCUGGCAGGUGAGCUUAAAUUCAAAUGGCCAUUGGAAUAAAACUAAAGAGCCUCCAUUUUGUAUAAAUGUACAUGGGGAUUUAGGCAAGAGCGCAGGUAACUUUCUCUUUGUUUUUACUAUGUAUUUUAAGCUGUUGGAUACUAAGCUACUGCUGCUGUAAGCGCGUGCUUUAUCUUUGUGUUUGGUAGGAGUUCAGACUGAAAGAUUCAACAGCACAGUCUUGAUCUGGGGUAAUGUUUAAUCUGUGCCAUGGGAGGUUCGUGAUGUCAUUUAGAAAGGAUUCAAGAUUAAAUUUGUUGACAAAUAUGAUGGGACAACCAUAGGAAAAGGGAUGGGGGCAGUUGUGGCAGGGAAGACAAAUAGGAAAAAGAGGGUAAAUAGCAGUACAGUAGUUGUUGGCAUGAAGAGAAGAAUGGAAAGCAAUGGUAGCUAAAAAUGUUACUUGUCAAUGUAAUGUGUGGCUGAUACACUGUUAUUGAUAACCAGCCUGCAUAUGUGUGCACUCUUUAUUUAUAUCAGGUUAAGUAGAAGUGCCCUUUUGAUGAGCCGUGAGGCUUAAAGCUGCUGUACGGCGAAACGUGUGUCAGGGGUUUACACGCUUCUAUAAAAGGGGUCUUCAUACUUACUGCAAAAUAUGCAGUCAAUAAUCCAAACUAUUGAAUUAUAGAAGUUAGAGUGCUACCACGCAAUAACCAAGCUAGGUUCAGGUAUGCUCUUACAAUACGCCGAGCUAGCUACUAGACUCUAAGUGAAUAGCUGUCAGGAAAUCGUUCAGACCAUUAAAGGACCACUCUAGGCACCCAGACCACUUCAGCUUAAUGAAGUGGUCUGGGUGCCAGGUCCAGCUAGGGUUAACCCAUUUUUAUGAAUGGGUUAAGCCUUCCUCCAAAGCCUCUAGCGGCUGUCUCAUUGACAGCCGCUAGAGGCGCUUGCGUGAUUCUCACUGUGAAAAUCACCGUGAGAGCACGCAAGCGUCCAUAGGAAAGCAUUGUAAAUGCUUUCCUAUGCGACCGGCUGAAUGCGCGCGCAGCUCUUGCCGCGCGUGCGCAUUCAGCUGACGGGGAGGAGAGCUCCCCGCCCAGCGCUGGAAAAGGGUAAGUUUUACCCCUUUUCCCCUUUCCAGAGCCGGGCGGGAAGGGGUCCCUGAGGGUGGGGGCACCCUCAGGGCACUAUAGUGCCAGGAAAACGAGUCUUUUCCUGGCACUAUAGUGGUCCUUUAAGUCACUCUGGCAGAAAAUACAGUCUAGCUAAAGAUUAAACUUAGAAUCUGGUAGUAGCUUUACAAAUGCACAGACUAAGGUACACUUAGGGAUUCAACGCUCAUGCCACAUCAAAGCUAGAUGUUUUGUCAUUUUGCAAACUGACAAAUCAUUUUGGGAUAAGUACACUCCCACAACCAGACAAGAAUCAGCGUAGUAACACAAAGCCGAUUUCGUCAGUCAUAUUCUAUCUUGAGUUAACCAGUGAACUCCUAGUCACUAAGGUCUGCAAUUAAAGCCAUAGGGAUUUUCCGUCCUUCCCGGUUUUUGUUUUAUAAUGAAAUAGGGAAAAACCUAUUUUAAAAAUCCUGACUAUAAUAUCAAACUAUAGGGGCGAAGGAGACAGGGACAAAUAUAUGAAUUAAAGAUAUUUUCCUUUCGCUAAUCUAUCCUCCUCAUCCCUUCUCUCACACAACAAAACAUGCACUGAAUACAUACUCACUGGAGGAACUUAAAGGUCCACUUUGCAACAAUGUACAUCAACAUUUGUAAGUAAUAGAACUGUUGAAACAUUUACUAUUUCACAGAAACAUGACAAAGUAAAAUUUUUAAAAUUCCCUUUACAUAGGGAAAUAAAUAACGUGAAUCAGCUAACUAAUUACUGGGCUUUUAUAACCAACAACUUAUUAGAGCGUUCCCCUUUCUGCCUCAUUAGAUAUACCAGUAUCCUAGAUAGCUAAGGUAGAUCAGAUAAGGACAAUACUCCUCUGGUCUUUAUUCCUUUUUUGAUAUUUUAUCUAGAGCAUUUAGCUCUCAGCUUUUUAACAAUUUGUGUAAUGGUUGUUUGUUUACAUUUAUUUACACAAGGUAAUAAUUCAUAAUUUGGGUGUUUCAAUAUAUUUCGUUUCAAUUUAUUCUACAGUAACUAAUAAACGUUAAGUUUUAUCAUAUACACACUUUUUCAAGGAUUCCUGAUAAUUAGGGACAAACUACCCUGAUAAGCUCCUUCUUUUGUUCGCUUAAGUAUUGAUUUAAAAUCAAGGGGUUAACCCCCAUGCAGGAGUGUAUACUUCUACUUGUGAAACUUUUGAUUAAUAUAAGGUUAAGUAUUUCUAAAUCUUUUUUUUCCCCAAUCUUGGACACUCUACCACAAAACCGUACCCCAAGGCAAUAAAGCCUUUAAAUUUUUACCUGUAUGAAAAUGUGCGAUUUUAUAGAGGAGCACAUUUAUAUGUAUUCAUACAUUCUAAGUGUGCCUGAUUUAGGAGAGACAGUCCCUAUUUUCUGUCCUAAUGUUCCUUUUUUUUUUCCAGGAGCUCCAUUUUGUUGGUGUGUCUGAGUGUAUAACAGAGCUCCACAGCAAUAAAACUCACAGUAAUGAAUGUGUUUAUAAAUCAAUCUGUACAAAUAAGAUACAUUGUUGGCCACUUUAAUUUAAGUGACAAAAUUGUUAGUAAGUUAGGAAAUAUUUCUCCAAACAGCCCAACCCUGGUCACAACCCUAAAAUUCAAGUGUGCCUAUUUAUCCUUUUAAAAUGUUGGUAGAUGUGUUUUCCCAUUUGAUAAAUCUGUUAUGUGCCAGACAAGAAACAUGCCUGAAUAAAAUUCCAAUCAUCGAAAUUUGUGUGACUAGAAAAUAUUAACUUUAAUGAACACUUAGCAGUGGAAUCAUUGGGUAAAUUGGCCUUUAAAUGAAGUAAGAAUGCAAUUGGAUGUGGUGAGAGAAGUUUAAGUAUUUUGUAAAGAAGGUUGUAUUAACUGGCUUUUAAUUGACUAGUUGAAUUCAGCAUUGCCUUUUCCUACAUAAAAAAGCAUAUGUUCUUCAGGCUGUGUCGGAGACCGCUGUUAACAGUUUAAAGGUCAGGGCAGGUUAGUGUAAUUGGCUAUUAAAACAAGCUAUGCACCAAUAAAUUUCUAAAUGCCUCAUUAACUUAUGAGGGGGGGUUAGGGGGUGUGCCAGUGAUCACCAAACCAAGGCAUUGCUUAGCAGUCUGGUUGCAACCAGUACAAGGUAUAUAAAUGGGUGGCUGGACUGUACCUUGCUAUUGAGGAUGUCUGACAGCUGGUUGUCGCUCAACAUGUUGAAUAACAAAAAGAAAUACAAUGUGAAUGAUAAUUCGGAGAAUAACAGCCAGGUAAGGGGGCCAUUGGUAAUCCUUAGAGAAUAGCUCUUGAAAGAAGGAUCUCUUAAUGUUUUACCAUUCUUUAAUUUGAUCAGUGCCUAUGUUGUUGAAUCUUAGAACAUGGUCCAUCUUGAUGGGACAAAUCUAACUCUCUCAACCUUUUGUCCUCAUAACCUGAUGGCGUGUGCGUUGUGUUUUAUGUUUCAGGCGGAGUAUGAAUGUGUGUAUAAAUAAGGAGCCUUGGACAAUAUCACCACUUCUUAAUUUACUUGGCAGGGAGUGUGAGGGUUUCUUCCAAAUCAUAUUUGCACAGAUCUCUUGUUUGACAAAGCGUUGAAAUGAGGGAUAUCCAAUGAUCUAUAUAGAUAUUGAUAGAGAAGUAUCCAUCAGUUGCUAAUUACACAUAUACACACAUAACUACAUAUGGCAGUGUUGUGCGGAGACACACACAGGCCUAUGGUUAAAAAAAACAAAACAUUAUUUAUAAACCUUAGGACCUGUGUAUGUCUCUGAAGAACACUUUUUGUUUUCUGAUACUUGAAAUACAGUAUUGGGAUAAUUGUGAUAUCCCAUACGCAGUGCUAACUGGUGUAAAAACUUCUUAGAGCCCCAUGUUGCUUCAAGACUAAAAUCACGUAUUUGUUUUAUACAAUCAUUUUAAAACGAAGUGGUUCUUAUUUGUCUCCUAACCCCACGUUAUCCUCUUACUCACUUGUUACCUUCGCUUACAAACAAACCCCAUAACUACACCUCGAUUUAUUUUAUUGUUGCAGUAAAUGUCUGUACUCCAAGAUGAAGGCCUAGAGCGGGGACAUUUUUCUUGCUAAUUUUUUAUUUUUUUUUGCGUGUGAAGCAAUAGGAGUACAUUAUAUACUUUAAUAGUUUCAGAACUUCACACCUAGCGUUGCAAAAGAUCAAAUAAACUUUUACACUUGGCCUUGCUACUUAAUGGCUUCUUGUACAAAGUUUGAACAUCCCUAGCUUCCAUAAAAUCUAUAUACAGCGCUAACUUUAAGUUUACUAUACUGAUUUAUUUUAUUUGUGACACGACUGACCAUGAACCUGUAGAGCACUGUCUUACUGGAUGGUACGUUAUUGCAAAUUCUAACCAUAUUAUGUUUGCACAUUUGACUCACUGCUGUUACAGGAAGGAGCAGAGUUUAGAUCUCACACAAAAUGACAAAUUUGGCUAGAAAUAUUAAAUCGUUCCAAUUUUUAUGUAUUUUUGUUUGCUGACCUUGAUCCGACAGAAUAACACUGUAAAAUAUUAAUGUAGGGGAGCCUGUGAGAUGUUUUUCUGGAGUUUGAAACAUGUUAUGAAAUCUUAUAGUCAAGUAUUUUAUUACAUUACGGUUUAAUAUGUUGUCUUUUCAUCUUGUUCUUUAACUGCAUGUAAAUUGUAAAUAGAAUGAAUGUUUAGGCUUAUUUUUAAGCCUGUACUUGGUGGAGAAAUCACCUCAAAAAUAUAUUAGUGUUUGAAUCCAGUAUAGUUAAAGGGGAAAAAACACAAUCCUAUUCAGUAUGUAGACUGUUUCUGAUAGGCUGUAAGUUGACUACUUGGGUAAGACUUCUCUUGUGUACUGUUCAGUGGGUUUUAACUGCUUGCUAAAUAUAAAUGUUUUCCUCUGAUUUGGCUAGUUAAAGGAGCACUAUAGUGCCAGGAAAAAAAAACUUGUUUUACUGGCACUAUAGGGUCAUUAGGUCCCCACCCUCAUGGCCCCCCUCCUGUUGUGCUGGAGGGGUUAAAAUCCCUUCAGCCACUUACCUUUCUCCAGCACCGGGCUCUCUCUGUAUUGGGGAACUCUCCACCCCCUGCCGACAUCAGAUCCAACUGCGCGUGCGCGGCUAGAGCCGCGCGCGCCUUCAAACAGCCCAUAGGAAAGCAUUACUCAAUGCUUUCCUAUGUAUGUCCAGUAUCUUCUCACUGUGAUUUUCACAGUGAGAAUUGCGGAAGCACCUCUAGCGGCUGUCAGUGAGACAGCCACUAGAGGCUGGAUUAACCCUCAGUGAAACAGAGCAUUUUCUCUGAAACUGCUAUGGUUUCAGCUGCAGGGUUAAAACUAGAGGGACCUGGAACACAGACCACUUCAUUCAGCUGAAGUAGUCUGGGUGCCUAUAGUGGUCCUUUAAUUGUUUGGUGAUCUAAUGAUCUUUGUGCAGAGUUGUUGAGACAGUCCCAGUAUAAAGAAUAGGUGGACAAAUACAUGAAAUGGAAACUAUGUUAAAGGAACACUAUAGUCACCUGAACAACUACAGCUUAAUGUAGUUGUUCUGGUGAGUAUAAUAGCUCCCUUCAGGCAUAUUCAUGUAAGCACUGCCUUUUCCGAGAAAAUGCAGUGUUUACAUUGCCCCUAGGGGCCACUCCUUAGAUGGCCACUGGAGGGGCUUCCUGGCUCAGGGCUGCACAGUAGGCAGCCCUGCCGUUCAGCGUCCCCACGCUCUGCAUUGAGACGCUAAAUUUUCCUCAUAGAGAUGCAUUGAUCCGUGCCGAUGGCUAAAAAUUGGCCUUUUCAAUUAUGUCACAAAGAGGGCGGAGCCAGCGCACGCAGACUGGACCGGCACUAGAAAUAAGGUGAGUUGUAUUUUUUUUUUUUAUAUAUAUAUAUAUUUUUAUGGGGGAGGGGCAAGCCACCUAAAUGGCGGGUUUAACACUAGAGGGUCAGGAAUAAAACCUCACAAUUUGUACGGACCAUGCUGUUUUCCUCUGUUUAUUCGUUUUUUGUUUCUCAUAGCAGAUCCAGUUUGCCGACCAGAAAAGGGAGUUUAACAAGCGCCCUACUAAGAUUGGACGUCGUUCUCUGUCCCGAUCCAUUUCCCAGUCAUCAACUGAUAGCUACAGUUCUGGUGAGUAAUCCAUCCUUUUAAGCAGUAGAGUAGAGGUAAGUGGAUAUAACAAUCACUAAUUCACUGUCUCCUUAUGAUGUGUAGUUACAUACAUGUCGUCACCCUGCAGUUUGGUAUAUGUGUCUUUAUAUUCAUUAUCAUCACAUUGUGUGCUUGGAGAAUAUAUAUACACGUGUCAAAGACCCCUGCAGACUUGGUAAAAAUGUGUCAUUGACAUAAUAUAUACAUUAUGGUAGCCACAUUUCUUGCUAACGUAUAAUUCAAGGUAUGUGAAUGUAUACCUUCUACUUCCUGUAAACCUUCACUACAGCAGGUAGAUGCAAUAUGCCAGAGCCUGUGCAUAGUUAAUUUAGGUAAGUUUGUUGUAAUUUUCCUUAAGGUACUGUUUGAUUAGGCUUUUUUUUUUUUUUUUUUUUAAUUGGGGAAGUGCAUGGGGAUAUUAUGUCUUGUUGUUUUUAUUCAAAAUGUCUUUAGUUGUAGUCAUGCUUGAAAUUCAGCUACGUUUUUACAUAAGAAAGACAUAUCUUGUGCUUUAAAACCAGAUAUACAGGAGAUCACAUUUUGCAACAUAUUUUAAACCUGUAAUGAAAGUUGUGUGCCUGGAUAUUAAAGGGGCACUCCAAUCACACACAGUACAACUCUUGUCUGAUGGAAUGGUGCAGUGAGGCUUUGGAAUGCAUCCUGUGUUUAGGGUUGUUUUGUUUUUUGCAAACGGGUAGUGUACCUAGUACACUCGGUCAUCACCAUUCAUGUUGGAUAACAUUGAUCAUUGUAAUACGGAAGCAUAGAUUGCAUGUUCUAAAUGCUGGUGAUGGUGGCUAGGGAAGUGUUUUGAAGUGGUUUUUGUCAUGCUUGAGUGGUGAUGACAUUUGAUUUACUAAACACACUCAGGUUGUCCGUGUGUAUGGAAUUGGUGUUGAUAAUGUAGAAAUGAAAAUUCUGCAUUACCAAUGUGACUAGAGGAAAGCAGACUUUGGAUGGCAGCCAGAGUCACCAUUUAGCAAACCACUUUCAAAUAGCUGGACAAAAAAGAAAAACCCUACAACAGUACUGAUAAUGUUUUAACCAUAACCACUUCCGAAUAGUACUGCUUAUGGUGCUUAGUAAACCUUUAAGCUUCAAAUGCUUAGUAGAAUUCAUUACUUAAAGCACAUAUCCUAGUUAUAGAGAAGUAGUAAAGGCCUCUUCCAACAAGUCCAAAUAACACCUUAAAGGAACAAUAUAGCAAUAGGAAUACAUCCCUAUUCUCCUCUUUAUUUGAAUUCAGGACCUCAUCUAAUUGAGCAUAAAUUGGAGGUUAAAAGCAUAUUUCUUUAAAAGCAUUAUUUUUUUGUUCGCAUCCCUAUCUUAAAAUAAAAUAAAAAUAAACUGUUCAGUAGUUACUGUUCAUUGCCACAUUUCACACAAUGUAAUAAACUUGAGGUAUUAUAAUAGUAUUGCAUAGAUAAUACGUUUAUGACCUAGUUGAUAUAUUUGAACAUCCAGUAGUCCUCGGAUGGUGGUUCAUUUGGAAGAUUAAUGGUGCAUGCUUAUGUCCUUUAAUAAAAAAAUGUCAAUAAUGAGGGUUUUCAAUUUAAUAGGUUUUGGCAAAUUCCUAACAUUAAAAGCAAUUUGAAGUCACAAGAUCAGCCUUUUUUUGUGCCUGCUAGAAUCCAGCUGUAACUGGCUGAUUUCUCCCUUCAUUCUCAUGCAGAUAUUCAGUCAAUGUCAUUCCUUGUUAUUAAGCACAGAUUUUUAUGGUUUUAAGUCAACUUGGGAAUACAGCCCAGAAAAUACCAGUCUUCUGUCUCACAGGGAUUUUCAGAUUGGGCUGGGCUUUCUUUAAGGCCCUGCUGAGAUCUGACCUUCAGGGAAAUAUUUCUGCACUGCCUAUAAACCCUAUUACCUAACCUCUGCAAAAAUGUGCUGCUGGCAAGUACAAUGCAUCUUUCAAUUACACUGUGUAUUCAGUGUAUCAGCAAUCAAAUUCAAUUAUGAUAACUUAAUUUUCUGUUAAGUACUACCCCCACCACCACCUUCAUCCUCCCUCCUUCCUUUGAAGAGGAAAAAGACUUAAAAGGAUUUUGUAAACAUUCAAUAUUUGUUUAAGACAAAGAGUCACUUGCAUUUUAUAAUCAUCUGACUUUGUUCAGAAUUGACACCAAAGGGCCUUUACGGUGACCACCAUGGCUACCAUCAGUGUCCGUAUGUAUGCUAUGGUAGAGGUUCACCUGUUUGUCCACUCAUCUCACUGCACAGACGUCCCAACAAAUUUAAAUUUUCUGUCUUAUUUGUUACUUUGUAUUUACUGUUAUGUUCUGUGUAAUAUUCCCGUCUUUAUCUCUAAAGCAAAACAUGGCCAAUUUGUCUUUUGUAUGUUUUCCAAGUUUUGUUUGGUCUGUACUAAGCUCUUGAAAAGGUAUUGGGUAAACUCACUCUAAACUGUAAGUCUAGAAAACAAGUAUUAAGAAUAAUUAUAUUAUCGUAUGACUUAUGAUUUUUGUGUAAACCCAGACUUACAGGUAACUUGCAGCCGAGUCUGGAUCCAGGUUUCAAUCUGUAUAGUCUCCGACAAUUGCAAGUACAGUGCGUAGAUUAAAUUUUGCAAUUUUGUCAGCAACACACAGCUGGCAGACUAUAUAACCUGACCUGCUGAACCUUGAUUCUUGCUUUGCAUGCUGUAGCAAACAGUGACAGGCUGGAUACCUGUGUACAUUAUAAAAUACUUUUCUCACAAUGCUUUGGGUCACAUCAACAAUCAAUUAUCAAAUCAAGACUGCAGUUGGGUUGGGGGGGGGGCGGGGAGAUACAAAAAUGGUUAUUCACAUAAAAACGUAAGUCUUAAUUAUAUUACAAAGAAUAACAAUUUCCUGCAUGUGUUAAAGCAUGCAAAGUCACAAAUGGCUUCCUCAGGGGUAUCUUGACUGCCUUUAUAAGGCUGUUGGUAUCUACACUGCCUAAUGCAGUAUAAUUACAGGCAAAACCAUUUUGGCUUUGCUGAUUAUAUCCUCUUUCACUAGCUGCUUCCUAUACAGACAGCUCCGACGAUGAGACUUCACCCCGAGACAAGCAGCAGAAGAACUCCAAGGGCAGCGGUGACUUUUGUGUCAAGAACAUAAAGCAAGCAGAGUUUGGGCGACGAGAGAUUGAAAUCGCUGAGCAAGGUAAUUGAGGCUAGGACAAAUGCCUUUCACAUGAUUGACAGGUAACCCCUUCUACUUGUAACAAAACAUUGUGAGUCUGAAUUCCCAGCCUGUGGUAGUUUGUCCUUUCCUAUCCUUUGAACUCGGUAGCUCCUGAUCCGUUCAUGCAUUCAGAAGAUUUUCACCAGAGUGCAGGUAAGUCAAAGUAAGUCAAGAGAAUUCUCCCUACAAAAUAAUUGUACUUUUUUUUUUUUUUUUUUGCAUUGUGUGCUUCAAUUAGAAGUGUACAGAUUAAUACAUAAGGAGAACCUGUAGUCCGCUCUAGUCGUCUAUGAUGCAGUUAUCAAGGAUGUUCUCCUCAAAGUAAUUGCAUGAAGGUUGCUGCAACGUAUGUGAUUGCAGAAUAAAAGAAAAAGUCUUGAUAAUUGAAAAACAAUUUUGUCCACUUUCCAUGUUUCUAAAAUGUAUCCACAAAUUAACUGCCAUAUAAAAAAAAAAAAUUUACACUAGAGGUGCAUUGUGGACAUAUGGCUCAUGCAUGGCAACUGCAUGCUUUGCUAAUCAAAUGCUUCUCAUACAGAAGCUUUGGUUUCAGUUGCUUCUCAAAUAGAAGGAUUACCUUCUGUUAUGAAUAAAUGUUCAAGGCAAGUAAAAGAGAAAACUCUACAAGCUGCCUAAUUGGAAUCCCAUAGUGUGCAACUAAGAAAAUUUAUAAAAAUGACGAUUUCUCUUGAAAUCAGCCGAAAGGGUUCUUUCGGCUAACCUCUAAAGCAAUUCAGCAAGCUGAAGUGCUAGGGGACAGGAGUGUUCUUUUAAUACGUCUUUUUAUCUAGUUCAUUACAUAAAACAGUGUGUUUGAUUACCAGUUUGAAUAUGCCAUGAGCAUUAUUUGCAUGUUACACGUUUGGUACAUACUAGAUCAUUUAAGCUGGUCUUCAAUAAGCUCUAGAUGUCUACAGUGCAGCAUUAUUUCCACUGUAGAAUAGAGCGUUGCUUAAAUCUGUGAUCACCUGUGGCUUUCAAACAAGUAGUAUUCACACUUACGAUACUGCUUUAAUGAUCUGAAGAACCAGUUCAAGUGUGUAAUGUAAUUUUUACUGUAGGUGAGUAUUGUAGUGUAUGUGCCCCAAAAUAAAUAAAUAAAAAAAUACAGGUAAAAAUAAAGUGCUUAUUUAAAAUGCCAGGAAUUCUAAAGAACACAACAAUCCAUACAAGAGCAGCGCACUAGAUGGAGCUGCACACUAGAUGGAGCUGCACACUAGAUGGAGCUGCACACUAGAUGGAGCUGCACACUAGAUGGAGCUGCACACUAGAUGGAGCUGCACACUAGAUGGAGCUGCACACUAGAUGGAGCUGCACACUAGAUGGAGCUGCACACUAGAUGGAGCUGCACACUAGAUGGAGCUGCACACUAGAUGGAGCUGCACAUACCUGUAUAUGCACACUGUGAAAUUCCAACUUUCUUUCCAGUUGCAGUUCUAUAAAAUCACUACAUGGUAAGGAAUGGAAGAAGUCUGCUCAAAUAGCCAAAACCUUUAAUACAAGCUUGUUUGGAAACACCUCUGCCAGAUAGUCUUUGGGAUACAGUAGGCAAGUAAUAGGAAGUCAAUACACAUCUGCAUUUCCCAGGUUUCUAAUCUAUCAAUGAGUCAUUGAUGUGCGAGAAUAAUUAUGGUAAAACAUUGAACAUUUGUGCCCUAAUCAUAAUAUUCAAAACUUGUCUUCCACUUGAUGGAUGGUGACCGUUUUAUAUUUUGUUUUCUUUAUCUUCUAACAGAGAUGCCUGCAUUGAUGGCUCUACGCAAGAGAGCACAGGGAGAAAAACCUCUGUCUGGUGCUAAAAUUGUGGGUUGUACUCACAUAACUGCACAAACCGCGGUGAGUAUUAUAUAUUUGGAUAUAGUAACCUAUUGAUAAGAUUUGUGUUGAUUGUCUGAAGAGGAUGUGGACGUUAGAUAGUCAGCUUUGCAUAUAUCUGAUAUUUGUGUAUGGGGAUGGAGUUGGUUGGGGUUUUUUUUUUGUUUCUUCCCCCAUGUUCCAAACCAACUGUAAUUAUAUAGAGUAUAAGCACCAUGAGUUAAAUAUGUUGGUCAAUUUAAGAUGAUUUCAAUUUGGUACUGGCUAAAAGCACAAUGCGCUGUUGUCAUGGUUUAUCCCCUUUUAUGUAAUAUUUGGAUGUAUUGAUCUAUGUAUAGUGCUAAGUUAUAUCUUUGGGGUUCGUUAACUCAUUUUAACAGCAAUGCCUUGGUUUGUUUUUUACUCCCUCUGCAGGUUCUAAUUGAAACUUUGGGGGCCCUGGGAGCACAGUGUAGAUGGGCUGCGUGCAACAUUUACUCUACUCUAAAUGAAGUAGCUGCUGCAUUGGCAGAAAGUGGUAGGUAAUGUGUGUAAGAGUACUGAGCGGAGAUAAAAAUUUGUUUUUGUUUUUUUACAGCAUGUGAGACAGAUCAGCAGUAUUUAGCAGAAUAAUUUCAAACAAAACUAGGACAAUAACACCCCGUACACACACACACCUCACAUGUAUAUGUAAUCAAGAUUUUAGAAUGACACAAAAGUAUAAAAGAGCAACUGCACUAGUGUUCACAAAGGUGUUAAGUACUUUCAGGUUUCAAGACGUUAAAAGGGACACUGUAGGCACCCAGACCACUUCAGCUCAUUGAAGUGAUCUGGGUGCCAACUCCCAUCAAGUUUAACCCUGCAAGUGUUAUUAUUGCAGUUUUUAGAAACUGCAAUAUUUACCUUGCAGGGUUAAGUCCUUUUAGUGACAGCCACUAGAGGAACUUCCAGCUUCUUAUACUACUUUUGGCUGUCCUCCAGCGUCGCAACAAUCCCCACAGGAAAGUAUUGAAUAAUGGUUUCCUAUGGAGAGGUGUAAUGCUCGCAGGCAGAGCCUGACUCAGUGCCGAGGGACAUGGGCGUUGGAUACAGGUAAGUGUCCGAAGGGGUUUUAACCCCUUCAGCGACGUGAGGGAGGGGAGCGCUCCAGUAUCCUCUAGUGCCUGGAAAACGGGUUUGUUUUCCUGGCACUGCAGAAUCCCUUUAAGUGCCUGUAUACCUGGACAGCAUCCUUCUCCAUGCUUUGACAAGAGCCCAUCCUAUGUGGGUCUUGCUCGGUUUCUAAUGCAUCUUUGUCUGCAUGAGCAAAACUGAGAACAAGCCUGUCAGUAGGCUGGUAGCAGCUGCAUUGUUGCGAUCUGUUUAUUCAGUAGUUCCUAUAAUCACAUCUGAUGAAUGGAACUGCUGCUGAAGAUGAAAUACAACCUAUAAUCCCUGAAUGGACAGUUGUAUAUGGCUUAACAUCCUGCUCCAUAGAACAGAAAGAGGCGCCCUUUCUGGUCUGGGAAUGGUUCUGUGCUGCUGCUUGCCUGUGGAUUUUCAGCAGUAACUUUCAAAGAUGCAUUUUUUUUAUUUAUUUAUUUUGUAGGGUGGCAGGGCUCAUCAUGUUACUUAUUAUGCGAGCAGUGUCUAUGUGUUAGUGAUAUCGGAUGCUAUAAAGUGUCUGAACAGUAAAAUGGUAACAAUUUGAGAUGUAUUCAUAGGUAAAGCUUUGCUUUGUCAAAUUAGUAAUUUGCCUAAAGUAGAGUUACGCUGUGACUACACAGGCUGGUAAAGAAAUUAAUAUUCCCCUAAACUGUCCAAGCACUCUGCUUACUAUAGGGUGCUUGUGGUCAUUACCUAUUGAGGAAUCAGAUGACAGCGCUUGCUGGCAGUCCUGGUAGUUCUAAAUGUGACAGUUAUGCAGCCAGAGCUUUGAGUCAUGGAGUAUUCUGCAUCGCUGGAGUUGCAUAUGACAUUAACGUAUACAACUCCAGCGAUGCGUAAGUACAUUAAAUAAAUUAUUAUUAUUGGUAUUUAUAUAGCACCAAUUAAUUCUGCAGCGCUUUACAAUAAUAUGAAAGGGGGAGGGGGGGAAUUUACAAUAAAUGAGACAAUUACACAGUGACACAGGAACAAUCGGUAGAUGAGGGCCCUGCUCAAACAAGCUUACAGUCUAGAGGCAUUGCAUUGAUGUCCUGUAUAAUUCAUGAAUGUUCAUUUCAUCUGACACAAACAUGCACUUUUAAGACAGGCAUGUAAUACAUUAUAUAUAUAUAUAUAUAUAUAUAUAUAUAUAUAUAUAUAUAUAUAUAUAUAUAUAUAUAUAUAUAUAUAUAUAUAUAUAUAUAUAUAUGUAUAUGUAUGUAUAUAUAUGUAUAUGUGUGUGUGUAUAUAUAUCCAUGUUUUAGCAUUUAUAUUGUACUGUUUUAGAUAUGUUAUGUUAGUGUUAGUGCAUUUUUUAAUUAAAAUUGUAUUGUAAUUAAUGAACCUGUUGUGCCCAGAACCAAUUCAUUUAUCUGCACUUUUUUAAACCCCAAGGAUUCCCAGUAUUCUCUUGGAAGGGCGAGUCAGAAGAUGAUUUCUGGUGGUGCAUUGACCGCUGUGUGAAUGUGGAAGGCUGGCAGCCUAAUAUGGUAAGUGUGGCAAGUGUUGUUAAUGGUGACAAUACUUGUGUGCAAAAAUUAGAUGACGUACUGCUACACUAUGAAAGUAGAUCAAAGCAUGUGUGCUCAAUAGUUGUGAUGUUAAAUGGACACCAUAGUCAAAAAAAACAACUAGCAAUUUUGAUGUAUAGAUAAUUUCUGUUUCUGUCCAUGCAGCCCUCCCAUCUGUGACUGACCGCUUGUAAUCAGAUAACUUACUUUAGAAGUCUUUAUCUACUGCUCUCUAAAUUGAACUUUAAUCACACACAGGAGGCUGCUGCAGGGUCUAGGAGGCUAUUUACAGAACAGGAGAUAAGAAAUUCCAAAUAUAACACUGUGCAAUAAAGGAAGUGUAAACAUUAGAUCUCACUUUACAGGAACUUUUUAGGAAGACUGUGCAAGUCAUAUGCAGAGAAGUGUGACUAGAACUGCAUGAACAAAGGGAUUUAACUUCUAAAUGGCAGAGAAUUGAGCAGUGAGACUGCAGGGGCACGAUCUAUACACAAAAAUGGCUUAGUUAAGCUAAAGUUGUUUUUGGGGACUAUAGUAUCCCUUUAAGUUUGGUCAGUAUUGGCAUGUGUGGAUUCUAAAUUUAAUUUAUUUCAUACUUCAUGUUUGGUCAUGCAAAUAUCUACUGAAGGUAAAACUGUUACAAAAGUGGACUUAAAUUGCCUUAUAAAGUGAAUGAGAUUGUUGCUGGAAGAAGAUACAUUAGAAUAAUAGGGACCUAAAAAUUGCUGCACCUGUGCUCCAUCCAAUUUUGUUCCAUCACUAAAUCAUAUAGAUAAUAUAUAACUGUUGCAUAUUUAUUAUUUAUAUUUUUAAAUGUAUGCUUGUUACCAGAUGCAAUGACCGAUAGAAAUAUAUCAGGCUUAUAUUUUCUGUAUAAUUUUUCAUUUUAUAGUAUGGAUUGCUCUUAAUAAUGACACUUUUUUUUUUUUUUUUUUAUUCUUUAUUUUAUUUUGUGCUGCAUAGUUAAUAAUAAAAACACACCUUCACUGCAUUUCCCUGCACAUAUUGGGUUAGAGGAGAAGAAAGUUGUGUGAAUGUCAAAUGUUGUUUGAUGUAAACUGUGUACUUGUAAUCUUUAUUGGCAGGGGGGUGAGGUGAUAAAAGUCUAGCUCAUCAUUAGAAUAUGAAUUGCCAAAGAGGCUUUUUGAAGUCUGGGGAUUUGAAAAACUUUCUAAGAGGAAUUAAUUGUUUUUCUUUUCUUUUUUUUUUAUAUAUUUGCUUAAAAGAACCACUAUAGCUCCUUUUCCUGGCACUAUAGGGUCAUUAUGUCCCCCCCACCAUCAGGGUCCUCCUUCAGCCACUUGCCUUUCUCUAGCAACGGGCUCCCUCGGCGCUGGUGACCUCUCCUCCCCCUGCCGACGUCAGAUCCACAUGCGUGGCAAGAGCCGUGCACACAUUCAAAGCAUUACUCAGUUUUGAUUUUCACAGUGAGAAUCGCGGAAGCGCCUCUAGCGGCUGUCAGUGAGACAGCCAAUAGAGGCUGGAUUAACCCUCAGUGAAACAUAGCAGUUUCUCUGAAGUCGGGGAGAAGCCCAAUCCGUAGAUGACUAUUAGGUUGCCCAUAUAUUUCAGGGCUGCUUUAAAGUAGUGGUGAGGAGUUAUAUUACUUUGUUUAUGCAGCCCUAGCCACACUUCCCUUUGCUGAGACUCCGUCUCCUUACGCACGUCUUGAAAAAGUCUUCAUUUUUACCUUCCCUAAUUGCACAGUGUGUUUAAGAAUUUAUCUCCUGCUCUGUUAAUUGCGAGCUAGAGUCUACAGCAGCCUCAUGUGUGAUUUAAAGUUCAAUUAACGUAACAUGGGAUAAGAAAGUCUACUGUAAAUUCACUGAGCAGUAAUAUCUGAUUGGCGGUGAAACCAUUUUUUUCAUAGAGGCUGUGUAAAGCCAGGAGCAGUGUUACUAAAGUGGCUAUUUGCAGAGCAGGAGAUAAGAAAUUCUAAAUUAGACUGUGCAAUAAAGGAAGUGUAAACAUUGGACCUUACUUUACAGGAAGUGUGUAGGAAGGCUGUGCAAGUUACAUACAGGGAUGUUUGACAUGGGCUGCAUAGACAAAGGUGUUGAACUCCUAAAAUUACCUAAAUGGUAGAGAAGAGUGCAAUGACUCUGCAGGGACAUGAUCUUUACACACAAACUGCCUCAUUAAGCUAUAGUUGUUCAGGUGCUUAGAAUAUUUAAGUAGAAACAUGUAACUGGGCAGUAGUAGUAAUGUACAAGUGUUUUCAUGGAGCCAUCUAGUUUAAUGUAGGGGGGACCUUGGAACAUUUUCCUUUGCUUUACAUGGCCUCUAGCUACUUGAAGUUUUAACGUCAAUCUUAUGUUUUAGAUCUUAGAUGAUGGUGGGGAUCUCACACACUGGAUUUACAAGAAGUAUCCCAACAUGUUUAAGAAAAUAAAGGGCAUUGUUGAAGAAAGUGUAACUGGUGUGCAUCGGUAAGUUGUGAGAUGAUCAUUCAUAUCACAGUAAAUUUAAGCUGCACUAGACUUACAGGUUACUUAUUAAGGACAAUAUGCACUCAGGGUUUAGUGAAAAUCACCAGAUUUGCAAAUCUGAUAUUUAGUGAAGGCAGAUCAAGGGGAUAUCCAGUUACUUUCAUGAGUGUUGACAUCUCAUAUAGUUUAAAUUCUGCCCUUCACAGAUACCAUUGCCAUACAAAUGACAGAAUUUGCAUAUUUAUCAGAGAAGGAAUUUCUACCAAAUUCACUUUGAUCACUAGGCGAAAGAAAUCCACAAUCCACAUGGUUAAUUUAUAAAAGUGCCAAUUCCUAUUAAAAUGUCCACUUUUUGUAAAAUGGAAAUAAAGGACACACUCUUCAUACAUAAGGCACUUGAGCAAGCUGACAUGCUUUAAGGGUCUGCAGUGUCCCUUAAAAAUCACAAUCUGAUUCUUGAAUACAGUUUAGCAUUGCUAAAAUCUUGUAUCCAUAAAAGAGUGCAAUAUUGCUAAUUUGGAGAUUGCUAGUUGUAAAUGAUUUAUGUCUGAGUACUUAGGAAAACAGCAAGUUGAAACAUAUAUUUAAAAUAAAUAUUGGAUAUACCCUUCAUGUAAUUUAAUACAUCAUAGAGUUAUGACUACAAACAAAUGAUUGGAAGUACCAAGCAUCCAAUCAAGAGUGCACAGUUUGACAUGGCCUGUAUCCAUUAAAUCCUGGGGAUCAAAAACAUACUAGUGGCAACUUUCAGUCUACUGUAAAGGAAAGAAUGGUUGAGGCAGUGUUUAAAAAUAUUGGUGAAAUCCUAGAAUAUGCCUGUUUCUUUCAUCUAUAACCAAAGUGUAAUGCCUAGCUUGUUUUAACCUUUUACACACUGGUCGCUGAAGAACAUACUGUUAUGACUUUUUCCCUUUAAAUGCCACACUGGUGACACAAUUGAGUAAAAUCUCUUGUUUUUCCAACAGUUUGUACCAAUUAUCAAAAGCCGGAAAGCUAUGUGUCCCUGCAAUGAAUGUCAAUGACUCUGUCACCAAGCAAAAAUUUGACAACUUGUACUGCUGCCGGGAAUCUAUUCUGGAUGGGUAAAGUGUCAAUUUGUAAUUUAAGUUUCACGUAACAGUGCAAAAUAAUUGGGAUAAAAAGCCUUCGCUUGGACAUUUUUUUAGGAGAUAUUUGUUUAAAUGACAUAAUAAUCAUGAUUAGGUUUUGUAAGUUCUGCAACUUAAAGGUGGACAAUCCACAUGCCUUCAGCAGCAUUAGGAGUUAUCACAUCACACUGGGAAUGGGCAGGCUAGUGCGGCUUGUCACUGGCCCGUUUUUUUUUUUAUUUUUUUUAUUGCUGAUGCUGUAAAAAUCAGGAAAGUUACCCUGGCUAGUCUCUCAUGGAUCCAAAUGCAUAGAGUGAAAUUAAAGUUCACUGAGUGCAGCGGGCACAGAGCAAUCGUAACUAAUUAUAUACUUGCGCUGCACUUUAUAGUUGCUAAGUCUUUGGUGUCUAGAGUGGACACCAGAGACCAAAAAGAGGAUGGCAUAGAGAAGAAUUCAAGACUGCUCCAUCCAAAGGUAGACAGUUUGGAAUGGACCCACUGUUUCUUAAUGCAUCAAAUAGAUAAUGUUUUUAAAAAGGCUAAUGCGAUACAUUAAAAAUAAUAGAUACUAUCGCAUAUGAAGAAGGCUUCUGCUGUGUAACUUAACUUUUUGUUUCACUGCUGAGCAUAUCCCAUAAACACCGGUUUAUGGACUGCUUUUUGGGAUUUACCCUUAAAUGUCUACUUUCUGAUGUUGAAAGCCAACAGCUGAACUACAGAAGCCAAAGUGGUGUUGUCAUGUUCAGUAUUUUUAGAGCAAAAAGUAAAGUAUUGCAUGUUGGGACUGAUGAUGAAGAAAGUGUGAGCAAAUUAAAAUAACCCAGUUUAGCAUACACAAAACACCUAUCAAGAUAUUUAAGUGCCUGGAGUGGUCACUUCAAGAUUCAAUAAGUGGUCCUUAUUAGAAAAUAAUAAAAUUCUACCUUAAUGAUGAACUAAAACUAGUUUAAAAUAUAAAUGUGUAGUGGCACAUAUUAAAAUGACUGUUAUUAGGCCAAACAUUGAGUAUUUCAUAACGGUGCAAUGUGUGUUUUGAAUUUCAUUGAAAUUACAGUACUGUGAAAAUAAAUCCUAAAUGAAGAUAGGUCCUACUUUGUGUUUUAAGUCUGAAGUUGACAAAAGGUGUUACUUCUACCGUUAAAUUUUAUCCAAGUCCUUUCACUUGUAACAUUUUAUGGGUAUCUUACUUCUUGUGGAUUGCAAGACUGAUCUCAUGGGUUCCCCCAUAGCCAUUAAUGUUGUACUCUUGCAUGUGCGAUCAUGCACCAGGAGCUGAAGAAAGAAGAUGGUGGUGUCCAUGGGGACAGCUUCAGGUAUAUAUCUACAUUCUACUGCAACCCGGGACCACCACACCAAAAGCAGGAUGUAAAGACUCUAAGCAGCCACUUUAAAGGAGUUGGCUGAAAUACUUCAUGUGCCUGGAGUCUGUCAUGAUGGUUACCAUUUAUAAAUGUGUAAAAAUCGGCAUGAUUAGAUUUGGGGUAGAAAUAGGUCCAUGAAGGUUUUCUUCUGCUUUUGCUGGAUUCCACAAAGUUUAUGUAAGCAGCAGGCGCGCUAAGCAAGAGCACACAUGCCGUCCCUGUUUAAUGAGCUGUACUCAUUGACAAGCAUAGGAAAGGUGCAAUUGAGCGGCUUCAACACAGAGACUUACUAAUAAGAAACCUCUGGUGUAUUUCCCAGAACAGACUGAUGGUGUGGCAGAAAGAGGAUAGCUCUGUCACAGCCAGCAGCAGGUCUGUAGCCUUUGCAAGCUGUUUUUUUGUUUUGUUUUUUUCCUCUUCACAUACCCACCCAAAAAUAUACUUGCAUGUUUUCUUUGAGGGUAUAUUUAUUAAAUUGAUUUUUUUUUUUUUUUUUUUAAAUUGGGGCAGUGUUCCUUUAACGUUUGAAUCCAGAAAAGAAAAGCCAAUUGGUAGUUUAAUUGAUGGACCUACACUGUAGUGUCAUACAUAAUAUUAUUCUUUCUAAUACCAAUUUGUUGGACAAGUUACCGAUAGUUUUGAUUUUCAUGUAAAUUAUUAAAAAUGUAAAGAAUAUACCAAACUGAUAUUAAAUUAUAAUUUAUAAAAACGUCAAAUUAAGUGGAUUAAAGUUUUGUGGUUGUAAAAAUCACAUCGGCCUCACAUAAAAACUAGUCCAGGAUUUCUGAAAUCACUUGUUUUUUUCAAAAUUGUAUUAACUCCAAACACUGGCAGUUUUUGGAACCUCACAGGAUGCCACCUUUGCAUCCUGUUAGUUUCUCAUUUAUGCCCUGCUGGGUCUGCUCUGGUAAACUGUAAGUGCUGAUAUUGUGGAGUGAAAAUUAUUAGAAGCAACAGCAGCUUGGCUGUGAAGUGGAAGGUCACAUUAGCUCACAGAAUGGGGCCACACAAAGCAUACUACAUAACAUCUCUGUGCAUAGUUACACAACUCUCUCUCUCUCUCCCCCCCCAAAAGCCAAAGCAUGAUCUUUGUGUAGAGGGUUAAGUCCAUGGGGUGAAGUGGGAAGAGCACAACAAGUCAUUGGUUAAUAACACAUUCCAGGGGGUAGAGUCUAGCUUCUUCCAUCUUUAAACUUCACGAGUCGCCACAGGAUAAUAGUAUAAUGUCCAUACCUGUCUUAGCACUGAAAGAGUCUAAUACAGGCUAGUAGCCCUUAAAUCAUUAUAUAAAUUAAUGCACAUACUAAAAAUUCUGUGUUAAAAAGCAUUGUACAUGUCAGCUUUCCCCCCCCUUAUGUAAACAAAUUAGAUCAAUUCCCAUGUGUGCACUAUCAAAUUAUAUAUUUUUUUCAGAUUGAAACAGCAAAAUUACAUAUUUAUGUAACAAAAAAAGUGUUCAAGUGGCAAACUGUGAAAGUGCUGUAAAAGUUUAAUGUGUUUUGAGUUACGUUAUUGGUUAACUAGAGAUUAUUUUCUGAGAAUUUCCAUGUUAGUUUAUUGGAUUGACAAGCUAGCAAGUCCUGAAAAAAAUAUUUUUCCAUCUUUCUUCCACUUAUUUAAUAGACUUCUAAGACAUUUUAUAGACUUGUUGAAAAGUAAACAUUGUACUUUAUUUAAAAGGACACUAUAGUCACCUGAACAACUUUAGUUUAAUGAAGCAGUUUUGGUAUAUAGAACAUGCCCCUGAAGCCUCACUGCUCAAUCCUCUGCCAUUUAGGAGUUAAAUCCCUUUGUUUAUGAACCCUAGUCACACCUCCCUGCAUGUGACUUGCACAGCCUUCCAUAAACAUUUCCUGUAAAGAGAGCCCUAUUUAGGCUUUCUUUAUUGCAAGUUCUGUUUAAUUAAGAUUUUCUUAUCCCCUACUAUGUUAAUAGCUUGCUAGACCCUGCAAGAGCCUCCUGUAUGUGAUUAAAGUUCAAUUUAGAGAUUGAGAUACAAUUGUUUAAGGUAAAUGACAUCUGUUUGAAACCAGGUUUUGUUUUUUUUCAUGCAGGCUCUGUUAAUCAUAGCCAGGGGAGGUGUGGCUAGGGCUGCAUAAACAGAAACAAACUGAUUUAACUCCUAAAUGACAGUGAAUUGAGCAGUGAAAUUGCAGGGGAAUGAUCUAUACACUAAAACUGCUUUUAGACUAUAGUGUUCAUUUAAAUCCUUUACAUACGAGGUAUUCCUGUAUAUUCUUAGACAAACACCUUUGUUUGCCCUCGAGGCAGUCCUUAAUUUUUUUUUUUUUUUUUCAAUUUUGUUAUUUAGACUGAAACGGACAACAGAUAUGAUGUUUGGUGGGAAGCAGGUUGUGGUGUGUGGUUACGGAGAGGUACGUGUUUGAAUACCAAGAGAACUGCAGUUACAUACGGUGGUCAUGAAUACGCACAAUAAGAAACUGUUCAAACCUUAGUUUCAGUGUGCAAUAUAUUUGUAUAGGUUGUGUGUUGGACAAUGUUAGCCCAGUAUUUUUUGAUAGACUCUUCUCCACCAAUUGUUUGUUGGGAAAUGUGUAAUCAUUUGUAAAUGUACAAAUGGCAUCACCAACUUUUUCUCCAAAAAUAACUCCUUCAUCCUUUAAAUUUGUUGUGCUGAGCAUCGAUCCCCUGGUAAAAAGACAAAGGAUACAUCUGAGUCAAUAAAAGUUGACUAACAUAUAAACUAGGAGUUGUGUGCUAUUUUAGAACUCACAAUCUAGGUGUAUUCAACUUUUUCUUGCGCUCUCUCUUAAGAUGGGAGAGUCAUGUACAUUAAUGUAUGCCUGUCAAUUCUAUAUUCUUUCCUUUUUUUUUUUUAAAUAUAUAUCUCUAUUAUAUGUCUAUAUCUAUCUAUAUCUAUCUCCAGAGAGGUGUGUGCGUGUAAAUAUAUAUUAGUGUGUGUGUGCGUAAAAAAACUCAGAUCAAAUUCUCUACUUGAACAUAUAUAUGUAUAAUAACUUUUUUAAAUAUGCAAUAUUUUUCCACAGGUUGGCAAGGGAUGUUGUGCAGCUCUAAAAGCUAUGGGCUCAAUUGUGUAUGUGACAGAGAUUGAUCCCAUCUGUGCCCUGCAGGCUUGGUAAGUAAACUUGCAUGUAUGCACACAAUGUUUCCCAACAAAUUAAAUGUCAAAUACAAACCAGCCUGUAUAUUCAGAUAGUUGCAUGGUUAUUGUUAUUGUGAGGUAUCUGUCUGUUUCUCUGGUUUCUUUACCCUUUUCUGCUUCUUACAGCAUGGAUGGCUUUAGACUUGUUAAACUGAAUGAAGUUAUUCGGCAAGUGGAUAUUGUCAUUACCUGCACAGGUGAGGGGGUCAUAUCAUAGGACAGACGAAAUCCUGUUAUCUCCUCUAAAACAAUUAAUUGUUUAUUUGAAAUAAGUGCUUGAAUUUCUUUUAGGUUUGGUUCACUACAACGAAAGCUAUGUUUUAUAUUGAUUGUAUUCUCCACAGAUCCGUUAGGGGCUCUUUAACCUACAUAUGAAAGGAACGUGAUAGGGUCAGGAAGACAAACAUGUAUUCCUGACCCUAAAGUGUUAAAGCCAUCAUUUUAGGUGGCUUGCCCCCCUUAAAAGGUAAUGAAACUUACCUUUUUUUCCAGCGCCACACUGCACUUUCCUCUCCCCUGCCACCUAUCCGCCUCCUUGGCUGACAUCAUAAAAUUUGAUUAUUUCAGCCAAUCCAAUGCUUUCACAUGAGAAAAGCCAUUGGAUUGGCCGACAUCAUCAAGGAGGAGGUUCGGGGACGAGCGCCUUAAAUCAGUGCAUCACACCAGGAAGCCAUCUGAGUGGCGGCCACUGGAGGCUCACCUAGGAAGCAAUGUCAGCACUGUCCUUUCUCUGAAAAGACUGUGUUUACAGCAAAAUGGCUGCAGGGACCAACUAUACUCACUAGAGCAACUACAAUAAUCUAUAGUUUUUCUUGAGACUAUAGUGUCCCUUUAAGUGAAAAGUAUUUAUAUGACUAAAAUGUAUUCUGUUUACUUAAGGACCUAUUCUGUGCAGUCUAAAUACUUGAUCUGUGCUUGUCUUGUAAAUAUAUUUGAAAGCUUUUUUCUUUUUUCAUACUGUGUUCCAUAAAGCAUUUAAGACAUUUUAAAAUGCAAUACUGCAUUUCAUAUUAGUAUCAUUUGCCUCUUUUGCUUUAUUCCAAUCAUGUGCUGUGUCCUUAUCUUUAGGUUAGGAACUGAACUAUAUCUCAAUCUUGAGAAUGGGUGGCCCCUCCAGAUUCCAGUGGUAGAUUGCAGAGAGAUGUAAAAUGUGGCCAUGCCGCUUUGGUUGCCAUAACUCCAUCUUCUCUCUGUAUUUUUAAUGCUUUAUCUUUUGAAUAUAUGUCCAAAACCCCACUUUCAGGUGGCAUAUAUAGAUGGCUUAAAAACUCAUUGUUUAGUGAAGCAUCCAAACUCGUUCAUAUUGUAGGGAAUACUCACGUGAUUGCUUAAAGGAUCACUAUAGGGUCAGGAACACAAACAUGUAUUCCUGACCCUAUAGUGUUAACACCACCAUCUAGCCCCCCUGCGCCCCUCACGAUUCCAUAAAUAUAGCAAAAUCUUACUGUAUUCAAGCCUGAAGCUGUAACUCUGCAUGCUGUUAGACUCACAAAAACAAACAGUCUGCUGACAUCAGAAGUGGUAACCUGAUGCAAUCACAAUGCUUCCCUAUAGGAUUGGCUGAGACUGACAAAGAGGCAGAUCAGGGGCAGAGCCAGCAUGAUUCAAACACAGCCCUGGCCAAUCAGCAUAGCCUCAUAGAGAUGAGUUGAAUCAAUGAAUCUCUAUGAGGAAAGUUCAGUGUCUGCAUGCAGAAGGAGGAGAUACUGAAUGUUUGGAUGCAUUUUAGGGAGCUAGGACCCAGGAAGGAUCUCUAACAGCCAUCUGAGGAGUGGCCAGUGAAGUUAUCACUAGGCUGUAAUGUAAAGACUGCAUUUUCUCUGAAAAGACAGUGUUUACAGCAAAAAGCCUGAAGGUAAUGAUUAUACUCACCAGAACAAAUUCAAUAAGCUGUAGUUGUUCUGGUGACUAUAGUGUCCCUUUUAGAAUCCACAUGCACUGGAAACUAGGAACUCUCAAUGUGUGAAAAGAUGCUUUCUUUUUAUAUUGAUUGUCCGUUCCGAUUUUCCACUGCAUUUAUUUAUAGCAUUGUUACUUAAACCAGUUCUCAAGACUCAUCAACAGUCCAGGGUUUAUCUGCAUCUGCUUUGGAAUAAAACCGGUAAAUACAUUGUUGGGGGUCCAUGAAGACUGGCUUGGGAACCACUUAUCUAUAGUAUAAAUUAAAGGUUAUCUUUAAAUGUGUUCUGUCUGUACAUAGUAAUAGCUAGAUAGAAUACUUAGAGUAAACAGAAACGCAUUGAAUACACUAUACAUGCAUCAGGUAAUGUCAAUGUUUGCUUUACUGGAAAGCUUGAACAAUUCCUGCUAAGGCUUGGAAAAUAAAGCAGUCUUUAAAAUUCUCUCAGGUCACCAUUUAUAUGCUAAAUUCCCCUCAGGUAACAAGAAUGUGGUCACUAGAGAACAUCUCGACCGAAUGAAGAAUGGCUGCAUUGUGUGCAACAUGGGGCAUUCCAAUACAGAAAUAGAUGUGGUAAGAAUGAGAAAUGAACUUGUGGAGGUGGAUAUUGGAGGGGAAUUUUACUAAGUAUUUUUGAAAAGAAGUAUUCAUGAUCUGCCAUUAUACAGCUAUUAAGAUUUAUGACAGGGGGUAUUAAUCGACAAAAUACAACAGAUGCCUUAAGAUGGCGCUGCUUAAUGAUCUGUUUAUUCUGUCCUGUAUUUCAUAAUUCUCCAAUAUUAGGAAGUCUUAUGACAAAAUGUUAGUCAUUGUUUUAGCUUUUUGGCUAAGUAUCAUGGAAGUCUAACCUGGAAAGAUGCUGUUUUUUUUUUUUUUGUUUGUUUUUUUAUAUGAAGAGAAGAAAUACUUUCCUAAGUCACAGAGUUUGUCAUUCAUCAUGCUGUUUUUAAUGAGCUCAUGGUUGGUAUAAUAUCUCUUUAUUCCAGGCUAGCUUGCGCACCCCUGAGCUGACUUGGGAACGUGUGAGAUCUCAAGUGGAUCAUGUGAUCUGGCCAGAUGGCAAAAGGAUAGUUCUGCUGGCAGAGGUAUGAAAUCAUUUACCCUAAUCCAGUUUAAGGGGCCGCUGUACUGAUACGGUACUCUAGGCAGAUAGCUUGUUUAGCUUUAACAUUGGAAGUCACUGUGGUUUAGUGUACAUUUUUAUUUUUUUUAAUCCAUGCAAGCUCCACUUCCUACAUGGGCAGAAAGCCGUGUGUAUUGUUUGUGCCUUUUAGAUUCCUGAAAUUUUAAUCUGACCCAGCUACUGAUGGUGGUCACCGUUUAGAAAUCUGCAAAGUUAUUGUUUGCCUUCAUUAUUUAUAUAUGCUAAAACUUUAAGGGCAUUUGUUGGACAGCUUUUAGUUUGUUGUGAGCCCUAAAGUGCAAAUAUUAUGGGGCAAGACAUUACUUUGUGGUUAAUAUGGCUAAAGUUGAGUUCUAUGCAAUAUUUAUUUGGAUGGUGAGCUACUUGAAUCCUUGGAAUAACUCAAAUAUCUUUUCUGUAAGGGACGACUGCUCAACUUAAGCUGCUCCACCGUGCCAACAUUUGUCUUAUCCAUCACCGCAACUACACAGGUGAGUCGCCAUGAUAAAUAAAUCAUGACUUGUAUGUUUGGUAGAGUACAAUGCAUAUUCAAAAUAUGCAUCCUAUGGACGAUACAGCUAGACAAGAUAAUACCUGGACAACAUUUGGCCCACAGCUGCUACUUAAUAUAGAAUGACAUUCUCAGAUAUUAGAUUCUAUUAUGACAGAUAAGCCUAACCAGUCGUAGACCAACCGUUUUUUCCAAUAAAAACAUAUGGGAACAUUUCUACUCUGUUACCAGAUAUAUGCUCAUCUCUUUUAAUAGAAUUCAGCCAAUGUCAUCAGAAAUGUGUCCCCAUAAUAACCUUGCUUUUUAAUAGUGCUACAGUACUGGAUACAUGCACCAUGCCAACCAAUGGUGUCUCUUCGGGAGGUACAUAUCUGCUGUAUUGUUCUGUUCAUCUUUUGUACCAUUUUACUCAUAUUAUGCUAAUGAUGACACAGAAAUGGUUCAUACCUAUUUGGCUAAAGACUUUAACUUUUCCUGCUUAGCGAACAACCCUUCUAAUGUAGUUUUUGCCCUUGGGUGGAAAACAUUUGAGGUUUAUUUAAAAAAAAAAAAAAAAAAAAAAAUUUACAAUGAACUCUAAACUGAAUUACAAAAUUUAGGCAAAUGCGGAUUUGGAAAAAUGUACAAAGUCUGCCAUAGCUUGGCACAGCUUGGCAACUUUUGGUCUAAAUUUUAUAGUUCAGUUUUCAUUUUACUUUAAUUUUGAGUUUAGUGAAUAAACCACAUGCAUUUAGGACCCUAAUAUCUCCUCGUUUCGGUGCCAAGAGAGUUUAGAGCAGGGCUGUCCAACCUGCGGCCCCCAGAUGUUGCUGAACUACAACUCCCAUGAUUCCCUGGCUAUCUGUUUAAUUGAAAGAAUCAUGGGAGUUGUAGUUCAGCAACAUAUGGGGGGCCGCAGGUUGGACAGGCCUGGUUUAGAGUGCCUAGGUGAAUGUCUAAGCAGAUAAGGCCUGCAUGUUUUAUUUGUAAUGUUAACACUUGCUUCUCCAUUCUCAUAGGCACUGGCUCUAAUAGAACUCUACAAUGCUCCUGAAGGUAGAUACAAACAAGAUGUCUACCUGCUGCCUAAGAAAAUGGGUGAGCAUUGCUUUGGAAACUGUCACAUAUUUUGAUAAGUGAACAUCACUACUGGCUGACUCUUAAGUGGACACCUCUUCUUUUUUUUGUUUUAUAACGGGGAGUAGUUUACAAUAAGUGAAUAUGUACAGUGUAGCACCAUAGACAGAAAAGUGAACUUCAAGAGGAAAAUAUAGAAGUACAUGAAAUACAAACAACCUAAAAUGUUGAGAGAGAGAGAAGUCUAAGUUUCACAGAGCAGCAGGCAAGCUAAGUUGAGUGACAUUUAGUCAGAUAACCGUAUAAGCUGACCCAACAUGACUGUUCAGUCUGAUAAAAAGUGACAUUUUCUAAAAAACAAAUUGUAAAAAUCUACAUCUAAAUAUAUUGAGAGAGAAGACCUGGCAAAGACUGUAUGGAUAUACUCAUAAUUUAUACACAUUGUAUAGUAAUAGCAUUGACUAUAAAUCUCUAUUGUCAUCUGCGAUUAGCUUUCACAAAACAAGGAAGUGACUUGGCUCCUCUACAUAUCUUGUAGUCUUUAGCUCUGCUUUAUUUAUACCACUUGGUCUUCAGAGAAUUGUACGCUGCAGGUGAACCUGGUGUUCUGCUUAGUAGUUGGAAUGUUGCAAACUUCUCUUUUGUGCUAUAAAUUUUUUUUUUUUAAAUCAUGUUUGAAAUAGAAAUAGAUGGUCAUAUUUAACAACUGUGAUUGUCUUGCUAAUUCAGUGCUAAUCCUUUCCAUUUAGAUGAGUAUGUUGCCAGCCUCCAUCUGCCCACCUUUGAUGCCCACCUAACUGAGCUCUCAGAUGAGCAGGCCAAAUACCUGGGACUCAACAAGAAUGGGCCUUUCAAACCAAAUUACUACAGGUGCGUGCCCUUGUGAUUUUUAGUACCCAAAUUUUGAGACUGCACUUUGUAUAGUAGGAAUCAUUAUUUUUACAGCUCUAUGUCCACCAGUAAAGUGAGAGAAAAUAGCAGCGAGCACUUUACGAUUUUAGCAGAUACCCUCACUAUGCCUUCUUGUAACUUCUAAAGUAAUACUGCAUAAUUUAUCCUUCUGUGGUCAUAAGAUCAUUCCCUCCCAUGCCUCCUCAAGCUUCCAUCCUGCUAUAACUCUGUGUGCAUAAUAUUGUACCAGGAAAUAUUAUUGCCCAUCUGUGUAAUAUGAAUACCACAGUGAGAUGGGUUUUAAAACUCAAAACCAAACAAGUGACUAUUCACCCAUCCUGUACCGUGAUCAUGUAGUGGCCUGUAACAAUUCUUCAAGUAUACAAAGUGCACGUCAAAUCAAUACUUUCAUUUAUCUUUAUUGCUUAGUGUUUUGGUUUGUGGUUUUUUUUUCUAUAUUUUUUUUUUUUAUAUAUAUACCUUCAUCAAAACCUUUUGUUUAUAUCUAUUUUGCAUUAUAAAAACGUAUCUCUCUUUGCUUUCAGGUAUUGAGUUGUGCUGACCAUCAUGAAAGGGGAGAUUCAGGAAGAUGGGGAAAUCUGGAUACAUACAUAACAUGCCUUUCACAGCUACUCUACAACCAUUUCCUAUCACAGGAACUGGUCUUUCUGCCAUAUUAGUAAACAUUGCAUUAGGGUAUUUAUUAAAAAGAAGAUGCCUAGCAUUAUGUAACUGUUGUCCGUGCACAGGACCCAGCCACAGAGUGCAAAGUGGGAGAAAUGUGCUCUCAAUCAUAUGCUGUACUUUCAGGCUUCUAGCAAUUUAACGCUGCUCACCCCAGCACCCAAUGGGAGGGGGAAGAUGUUAACUAGAAUGAAUCCUGGGUUUAAAGCAGAAUUUAUUUUAUAUUAACAUGCAUCUUUAUUUUAAUUUUUUUUUCUCCAAAGUCUGCAGAGUGUGGAUGUCUUAAUGAAAACUGUAAAGUGACCUAAAUCUAUUUUACUGUGGUUUUUAAUGGUGAUAUGCAGUUUCUUUUUCCCCUUAUGUCAAGUAAUGGAUGAUGAUACAUUGGCAUUAGCACACCCCCUGUAAAGCUGCUCUAAUGGUUCUCAAACUUCUUAGGACACUAAGUCACUCAAUGUUGCUAGCUUUUUGUAAUGAUGAGUAACCAUUUAAUCAUCAACUGCUUAACAUUCAGUUUUAAAAAAAACUUGCUAUAUUUUACUAGUCUUAACUACUCGUGUCACCUGUACUGCGGGCUUCCGUGGUAGUAAAGGUGGCAUUUUCUAUUCAGUGCCACUCCAAAUACCCUAAAUUGGGUAUCCCAGUCCUCAGGGACCCCUAACAGACUCUGAAAGGGGACUUAUCUUUCGCAAAUAUUGUACUGAAUGGCACAAAAAAAAACAACCUUUAACCACUUUUAAAUGAUUGUUUCAGUAUUUGUUUAUCUCAACUCCCAACUAUUUACCAAUUGACUGCUUUGGCUUCAAGCCUCCGUUACACAGCCCUACUGGCCAGGCAUACUCCUGCUUAGUUUCCACAAAUGCAAAGAGCACAAGCCCCCUUUAGCAUUGUGUUCCAUUAGUACUAUGACCCAGGCAUGUCCGGGUACAGAUCCAAGUGAUCAUUACAGUACCUUAUAAAGUAGCCUACUUACCAUGCCCUGGUUAAUAACUGUGAGCAAGGAGAACACAUUUUUAUAUAUUGUCACAGAAGCACACACAGACGGAUGUUUCUGCAUUCACACAGGGAUAUCUGAUUUGUUAGGGCUCUGGCAUUGAAACACCAUUUUAAUCUGUUAAAACCAAUUUGGCACAAAAUGUAUUGAAUCCAUUACAAAUAUCAAGCAUUUAAAUCAUCCCACACCUUCUAGAAGGUGGAAUCGGCCUUUCCAUAUUUAAUUUUAAUGUUUUUCAUUUAAUUUUUUUAUUUCUAGUUAUGUAUAUAUUGAUUUAGAGAAGUGCAAAUCAGAAUCAGGCUAAAUACACACUUUAUGGUCUUAGUGACUUUCCCCUUUAAAGCGAUUACUUCUGUUCAUGGUAAAAAUACUGCUCCCAUUUAACUUUUCCUCGAACAGUCUUUCAGUAAGGUCGGUGACACAGGCCUGCAUAGAGCUAUGCAGUGUGUUUAUAUGAAAUAAGUCUAGUUGCUUUAAAACCACUCGGCGCAAAGUCUGAAAUCUUGUUUGAUUCAUUUAAAUCCAUGUAAAUUCCUAUGCCCGUUACCCAAUUUGUUUAGAAUUUGUGUUCACUUAGUUGAUUUGCUUGUGACUGAAAAUGUACUGUUAAAUAUGAUUUAUAAAAUAAGUCUCUUGCUGCUGUUAACCCUUUAUGUGCCACAUGUGGACCAGGCUGCAUACCCAUUUGGUACUCAAAGGGUUGAAAUUGAAACCCAUUGUGCAGAUAACCUCAUAUCUUCUACCCUUUUUACUCAGUGUGGUGUGGACGUCUCGUACAAAUGUCCACAUGAGCUGUACAAUUCCAGAAAGACCUACAGUUGUGGGGAGCUGGGGUCGAUUUGCGAUCUUCCUGUUGCUGCUGCACCACACAACUUUCAGUCUAUACCUACAGUGUGACUGAGCCAUCCUUUAUUUCCCCUCCUUAGGGACUCCUGACAUUCCCAGUAAAAGCUGUGAAUUCUCUCUAUCUGCCAAAUAUUAAAGCAAAUGCACCAUAUAAGGAACACUUUUUUUUGAAUUUUACCCAGACUGGUUUUCUGGAUUCUGUUUAUUUUGAUGUUUAAUAUUUUAUUUUCUUCCUGUAGAAAUUGAGCUUUCCUUGUUAAGGUUUUGAUAAUCGAACUCUUAAAUUCAUGCACUUCAUGGAACUUUACUAUGGAUAUUACAGAUUGUAGACCAAACUAGUAAAAUUGGAACUAUUUCCCAGUGUAUUUUUUUCCCAGCUUGGCUCUUUCGGUUUAAAAUUACAAUUCCCUUGUCAGUUCUCCACAAUUCCAUUUAACGAAUGAUCCCAAGUUGUGAAGUUAGUGACAGUACUUGACUGGGUUGUAGUUUAUGAAUUUUUUUUAAAAAUUGCUCUGUUUUUAUUUUCCCAACAAAGGUGUGUCCUUUUAAUAUAGGUUUAGCCAUUUCCCCAAUUAUAGCUGGUACGUUGUGUGAUUUUAUUCUGUCCUGUAGCCAUUUCACUGCCAGAUCUUUCCUUGUUCCAUAUAAAGACUGUACGUAUAGAUACACUGCAUACACUCAGAUCCGCAUACUCACAGCUAUUCGGAUAUUCUGGCGCUAAGACUAGGGACAGCAUUACUAUGAUCUCAAGUUAUUUGCGGGGAUAAUUAACAUUUGCAUAUACAUGUGUAGUUUUGUACAUGUGUUCAUCACCAUAUGCCUAAAGAGAAGUUGUAUAGUAUUGUUGCUGACCCGUGUCAGCAAAUGAUCUAGCCAUACCUUGAUUAUUGAGAAUCAAGUACCUAGUACUUAAUCCCCUCAAUAGAGGGGUUUAAUCUGUAUUGUAAGGCAAUCGGACUGGUUGAAAUUGUGUUCAGUCUUGUAAUUGAUGGGGUGAUAUGCAUAAAUUCUCAAUAUUAAUUUCUCAGGAUGCCACUGGAAAUGAUCUUGCAUCCUGUUUGUGUGCUUUUUAUUUUUGUUUUUUGUUUUUUAAUAUUUUAAUUUUUUGCUCCAUGCUUCAACCUUUUCGUAAUCUUUAUUUUAAAUAUUCUGCGUAUAAAAAAAUAAAUGAUGGGACUUUAUUUAAAUUAAACCAGCAAAAUUGUAUUAUGCUAUAGAACUUUUGGGCAUUGAUUAAUAGAAUAUUUAUAACAAGCGCCUGAUCUGCCAGUGAAGAUGGCAACGCAUGGCUCACUCCAGGCCUCUUCUGGUAGCAGAGGUGUUAAACUUGGUCUUUAUUUAUCGUCCUGUGCUGCAGUAUGAAUUGCAGUGAUGAACACUCUCCGAAAGGGUCUUUUAAAUUUUUAACGUAUGAGUGAUUGUAUUAGAUCAGCAAUAAGGAAUCUGUAAUCUCAAAACAUGAAUAAAUGCUGUAAAAAUAU